GGUUGUCAGUCGUGAGCGGUUGUCAGCUAUUGUCAGCGAUACCAGUUGUAAACAAGGCACAACACAGUAUUUUACUCUACAAACACCACAGCGCCAUGUUCACAGUUAGACGUUUGGCGGCACAACAUAUACCACUUAUUAAAUUUCACAAAAACAAAACAGAGGUGCUAAUAAAUAGUACAUUACGAGAGCUUUCACUGUUACUCUCUACUUUUGAUGCACUGCGCUGCCACCUGGCGAGGAUCGUUCGACUUUCUGAGUCGGAAAAUGAGUACAACUGGAACGCAGCAUUAGAGUGGCAAACACAAAUACAUUGUGGCCAUUGUUCCCAAAUAAUAAAAAUAAAAAACUUCCCACUGUUUUUGCUGUUUUGUUUUUUUUCUUUGGAAAGAGAAAUAACUGAGACUUCCCUCACAACUCAAAGAACACUUGAGGAAAAAAAUUCGAGACAUAUGCAAUCUACAUUGUGCAGUUUUGCAUUACAGAUCUCCUUUCAGCCAAGUUCUUUGUUUUUAGUUGCACUAUGUAACUCGAGGGCUAUGAUUUUUAAUGACUAAACAUUAAGUCAAGAUUGUAAGAAAACAACUGAAACUCGCUGUGGUAAAACAUGUUUGGUAGCAUGUUUGCUCAGGGCCUCCAUACAGCCAACACUAUCAAAACACAGCUGUGUAACAUUAUAGUAUUUCAGCUUCCCAUCCUCGGUGGGACUUCAGAGGGAGACGUUUACUACAAAGUUGAAGUGAGUUUAUGAGAGGAAACAUGAGAAAACACGUUAAAGUGAGCAUAUAAAAGUUGAUAGGGUCCUGUAUGCGUCUGCCUCCCUGUCCAUCUCAGCCAUGUCUGUCUGCCUCCAUCGGUUUCUAUUGAGUCUAUUUUUAGCCCCAGCAGACUGGUCACGUGGCAUGAGGAGGACGUCAAUAAUGUUGUUGUUGGUGGUGGGUGAGAGAGGGAGAAAGAGAGAGAGGAAGGGAGACAGGCAAGCUGUAAAUACGGAGGAAGUGGAGCGGUAGGAGGUGAGAUACGGCCUGUUUCUUGAAUUAUUCGUAUUUCUAGUGAAAGCAAAGCGCAGUGGAGCUGUGCGGACACCGAGCCUCGGCGGAAAACUGAGCCGGGAGGAAGCGACCUCUGCGCUAAUAAGCGUUCCAGGAGGACCCGCCGACAUCCACGGUACGGUGCGGUUUAGGGGGGCAGUGUGCGUGCAUGUGUACGUGUGUGCGUGACAGUACAAUAACGACAUACUUACUGACAUGCACUUAAAGGUUUUUUUAUGAAGUCUAGUUGCAGAGGGCAAAUGUUGUGCUUGCUGAGCCUCUGCCUUUCCCUGUAUUGUACAGUUAACAUGGUAGCUAACUUGGGAACUGUUACAACUGUAGCUAGCUAAAGGACAUACAGUAAGUGAUAGACACAACAGCUUUAGAUAUUAAACAGCGAACAGCUUUUAUCCGCCCUCAGGUAUCAGUGAUUACAUGUGUACCACUUUUUAUUGACAACUCAGGGCUAACUUGGUAGCUAGCAGCUAGCUGAGGCACAACUAAGUUAACAUUGGUCAAACAAAACUUUGAAAGCCAGUCUAUGGUAGUAGCCCAAAGCUAAAUCAAGAAACUGUUCAAAACUCUGUUACUGGGGGCUUCUGGACUUACUAAUGGCUGCCAGUGCGACCAAAUCAAAUGACUAGCCUACAAAGCUAGGGAUGGGAAUAUCAGAACAUCCCAUACAUGGGCCUUGAUAAUGAUAUCAGCUCAUAGUGAUUCUGGGAGAAGUUGUUAGACAGUCCUGUUAUGAAACAUCCCAAAAGAUCAAAUUAAGAUGAUAAAAUGCAGCCAGUGGGGAUCUGUGUAUUUCACAAGUCAACAAAUGUUGGUUUAUCGGGGCCAGUACUGAUACUAAUACUGAUGACUGAUAGUUAACAACAGAAAUGAAGAUGUUCUGUCAUAAUUUAGAACUUGGUUCAUUGCAAACUCUAUCACAACAAUGUUUUAAUGCUUUUAGCCAUUGUUGUAAAACUGAAACUUUCACUAUCAUACAUGAGUUAACAGUUAACCAGGGACACUUGGCAGUACGGUUGUAGGUUUGAAUGCCAUAAUUAUCAUUAGUUAGCCCAGAGCUGCCAAGCAUCAUGCUUUGAGUGUGACAGUCAUGCAGUUUGACCCAUUCUCACACCACAAGCCACACUUGACAUUUCUCCCACUUAUAUCUCCCCAUUCAAUACUCUGUAUUUAUCAUUUUCAUGAUAACAAACUUGGCUUGCUGUAGUUCGAGUCACUCUGAUUGACUGACCAAGAUAACCAAUCCAUCAGUCCUCUGUGCCUAAAUCUAACCAACCACGAAAGGCACCACGUAAUAUAAACCAAUCAGAAGCAACGUAAUGCCGGGCUCGGCAUCUCUGACUAUCUUUCACACACAACAGCACCGACAUUUAAAACCCACUUUCUAUUUUAUGGUUAGUUAAGACUAGUAUUAGGAGGCCACGGUGCAGGGAGAGCAGCUUGGCAUGGAGGUGAGAACAUCAGUCUUGAGGUAUUCGACAUUAAAAAGGCCAAUUUUUUUUUUUUGCUGCCGAACAUAUAAUGCUCAAGUCUCACUCUUGUCACAUCUUGUCAAACUUGGCAGUCCUAGAAUUACUGGUCAGUGGAACUGUUGUAUUUCUCAUCAUUUUCAUUUGUGAAGGGCUAAAAUGUAGCUCACUGACCCACCAUAUGUUGGAGCUUCAGCUGCAGUUAAUAGCCACCUGCUGUACUGCACUCAUUCUCUACUACCAGGAUACAAAUAAACGCAGAUCUUGAACCAUGAUUUAGUAUGUCAGUAGGAUACUACUUGGAGCUCAUUAUUGGGAUAAACCUGGGUAGGCUGUGCCUGAUUAAGCUGGCACAUCAACGGGCAAAUCAGUCUAGGCCAGGUGUAACCAGAAGAGGCAUGUCAAUGAUGACCUGCAAGAAGGACCAAAGGCUGGUGGUGCUUGCUCUGCUGGUGUUAGCAACAUUCAACAAACCAAUUUGGCAUAGUUUACCCAUAUACUUUGUUAUCCUGUGUUAAGUAAGCUGUGCCCUAUUUUGACUGUCUUUAAAGUGUUUUCUUUGCGGACUUAAUAGUGAGUUAAGCCUGCAUAAAGUGCUGCAUUGUUUAAAAAAGAAUUUAGUAUUUGACCUUACAACAGAUGUAUUUUACUUAUUUUAUUAUAGAUCAAGAACCAGAAGGCAUUUGAAAAUGGUAUAAAACCAAUGAAUGAUUUAUUUAUACCAUACUUUCUGCACUCUGAAACUAACCACACUUGACAAAAUACUAGAUACAGAGAUCUUAAAGGCAAAGUAAAAUAUUCUUUUUCCAACCAGAGAAUAAUAAGAUAUGCAGAUUAAAAAUCUGGUCUGUGUUUGAUGGGACUGUGCAAGCUGGCCCUGAGUGAGCAGGCUAGUCUUGUCACAUGUAGACAGAGGUUUUUUGUGUUGCUGCAGUAUUUUACUUCAUUUUGUCAUAUCUUGUCCAACUUUUGACCUCCUGGUCUCUGCACAAAUCUAAAAACGCUCCAAUGUCUUUUGCUUUCAGUUUUGCUUGUGAUGGGUAGAGUUUUCCAUCAAUGCAUGUUUGUUUUGAUUUGAGACUUGCGCAGCAUCCAGUUGUAGGUGUCUGCAGAGCCAGAAGCUGCAGCUUCAGGACUGUAUUCAUGUGGUUUGGCUUCUACUGCCUCCUGUCGGCUUUACCUCCUUUGUUUUUCAAAAAUGCUGUCACCUCAUUUACUGCUGUAAUAAUUCUAUGAUGUUCAUUCCCAAAGAUUGGUAAGGCAUCCUAGUGAUAUAUGUACUACUAUGUUAGUCUUUAAGCCCAGUCCUUGUGUCCUCAGAAAAUUAAUAUGAAUUUUUUUCUGAUUUUGAUUCUGUUUACAUGUCCUAAAACAAAAUCUUAUUUAUGUAUAAAUUAAAUUUCUUCUCUGCAUCCCUGUUGCAGGCGUAGCAACUCUUAACUAAGAGUAUUUAAUGCUUACAUAGAUAAUAACACUUAAAGGCUGUGAUAACAAUCUUUGAUAAUUCCUCUGCAAGAUUUCUAUGUAUUCUCCUGACUUAUUAUGUGUUCUUUAAGACAGACCUCAGUACCUGUUUAUGCAGGCAGGUUUCACCUGUCUCUGUUUGUGUUAGAUGAGCCCUAAAAGAGCAGGAAGUUGCUUUAUGUUUACUGUGUCAGAGCUACCGUGUUUGUCAGUGAUGUGUAAGUACAAUGACUGUGGUCACAUUUGGUUUGUCAUUGUUUGACAUGAAUGGAGGUGUGUUUGUUCUUUCCCUCUCGGUUGCUGCUCCUAUCUGUUUUGUUUGUGGAGUCUUGUAAGGCCAUGUGGGCUGUGCACCUUUUUUGUUCAUGACACAACGAGAAAAUAACUAUUAAUACCGCUACUAUAGCAGAUGGAGGCCACACAUUUAGUUUCCCACACAUGCACAGGAAUAAUCCAAACCUCCGCUGGAAGCUGAAAUUCACCUCAUGAUAGCUGUUAGUUAUGCACAGGUUACAUCUCUGUCUUAAGGCCUCUGUUCAUUUGGGAUCUUUGUAAACCUGAUUUGCAUAUAAACAGUGUAGCCAGGGCGGGUGUUAUGGAGUGUCAGAAAAAUUCAAGUUUCUAUUUGUAACCCCAGUAGUAUUGUUCAUUGCCAUUCCUGCAGCCAUGCAAGAAAUCAGUCCUUGUGAAUACCUUAAAACACUGUUAUGCAACCUUGAAACCCGCAAGCUCUCACUAGACAAUGACACCUUUUUAUGAUAUCUAAAAUCAGAACAACUGCACAUUUGUGCAUCUAAUGAGUCACGGCUUCUUUACUUUAACUCAUUUUUUCACAUUUGAUGUCAUUGGCUGGACUAGAAAUGAAAACUGAAGAAAAAGGAGGUCUUAGCACAGAAAUUAUAAAACCCAAUUACUUUGGAAACUCUAAAAUGUUGGUUUUUGCUCCAAAAUGGUAGAUUUUUGUUAUAUGUGCUGAUCUGUCUGAAGAUUUUGGACAUUUCUAUUUGUAGAAAGAUCUAUCCUAGUUAAAAUAAGACCUUAUCAACCCAGGCAUUAAUCUUCUCCGUUCUCUAAAUUUCCAUCACUCGGAAAAAUGGAAAAAAUGUAUGUAUUUUUUGUUGCAGUUCUGUUGGAGGGGGAUCCAUUAAGAAUCCAUGUACCUGGAUUGAAACCAUAUAACAAAAUGCACAAUAUUAGAUUUUUGCUGAUACCGGACAUGCCAAUAUCUUCAAACUUAUUUUGGCCUACAUGAACAUCGAUACUGUUUUCAUGAUUAAAAAAGCAGUUUCACUUGUUUUAGAAUUCACUGAUUAUGCUUCCAGCCUGUUAAAUUCAGAAACAAGACAAAUAACAUUUAAUUUUACCAUGAAUGAUAAACCUUUAAAAGACAUUCACAAAUGCAUCUGCUGUUUGCUUCCAACACUUCAAAAUAUUUACAAAAUGUACAUUUGAUGCCUCUAAUAUUGGGCACCCCGUAUCUCAUAUGACUGUCAAUACACCCGUGGAGCUCAGUAAACAUAAAGUGCCAGUUGAUGUUUUUCCAUCCGUGUAUUUCUUUUUCUGUAAAUUUCGAAUUGAACAAGGAAACUCCUCUAAGUGCUCCAAAGUGCUACACUCAUUUCAUUAAAGAUGGGGUGGGAGUGGGUCUGUUCGUACAAAAUUAGGCUGAAUCUUAAACCGUUUUCACGUUAGGUCUUUAUAAAUAGAGUCUGGUCUAGCCUAGUUUUUUUUGUUUAGUGCCUUGGAAUAACACGGGAAGUAAAUUGGUGCUACAUCAAUAAAGAUUGAUUGAUUGAUUAAUUGAUUGAUGUUUGGUUGUGAUGAAAAAGAUGUUUUUGUUUGAGAUGAAAUGCAACAUCCAAGGUAGCCCAACUUUUUUAUCUAUCGCCCACUUGAGUAAAGAGUAAGCAUGGCCUGAAAUAGAGGUGCACUGUUGACAAAAUUUGAUGAUAAAAUUGAAUUAAUUACAAACAUUGAACUGUCGAUUAGUGGCUGGUUACCUCAUCCUGAGUGUUUUUCAUGCUGUGAGUGCACUUAAUGUCAUCUUACAGAGCAGAGUUGCUGAUUGGUGAGCCAUCUCUCACCCUUACUAUUUAUACCAAGAGUUGCACAUGCAAAACAGUUUGUGGAUGUGACAAAUAAACAAAGCAUUGUGGUGGCUGAUGCAACACCAUCAAGUCCUACACAUCGUAACAUCCAGGAGCGUUUCACCCUCAAAGCUGCAAAGAAAAAAGGAUGCUUGCAUAAUUUGUAAAGUAGAAUUCGCUCGUCAUAGGAGCAUGUCAGUAAUGAACAAGUGUUCUUAGAAUUCAGAUUUGACAUCUUUUUUCAGAAUUAAAGCCUCUUCAUGUGAUUUUUCUCCGAUGCACACUUUCAGUGCCUCACCUUGAAACCCUAAACCCAGAAUAUAUUUUUUUUCACCUUCCUCUCUCUUUUUCCCUCUCCUUUAAAAGCCUAAUAGUUGAGCAAACUCUAAUUAUUUUAAUAUAACAACAAUGCUGCACAUUAAAACAAAAUUUCCAGUCUCACACCCCCAUCAAUUGUAUUUAAAUCUGAGAUAAGAUAAAGGUUGAAUGGAGAUUUUUCAUAAAAUGUUAUGCAGUUAAGAGGGUAAUCUUACAUUUAAAAGGUGAUAAAAUAAAGACCACUAAGUAGGCAUAAAUAUGCAAUUCAUUUUCUGAUUGGUCAAUAGGUUGUUUUAUCAAUCAUUAAUUUGGGGACCAUGAAAAUACUCAACAGUUGCAUACCUUGUCUGGUGUAAACACAUAGGUUAGAGAUAGAAACAUACAUAUUGUGCAUUUUCUUUUACAGUUUCUAGAAAACUUGUUUGAAUUAGCUCAUUAUCAGCAUCAAAAUAUCUCUGCUGAUUUGUUCUUUUUCCUUCACAACUCAUAUCUAUUGUUAGUCCAAAGCUUUUGUAUUCAGUGACCCUGUAUGAAACAUCUACUCAGUUUUAGUUCUUUAUUUUGGUCCGCUUUAACAAUGAAAGAAAAAAAAAGUCUGGCUGCAAAAACUUGUGAUAUGUAACUUGGAAACACAAAUAUGGAGCUAACAUCAGUGCAGAUUUUACAACUGUUUCUGGCUGUGUUAACACGUCCACGCUCCGUCCUCCCUGAAGGGUUUGACCCCCACAUCACACCAGCUGCUGAGCGUCUGGUUGGAUGGUGGUGGAGAGGGAUUUGCAGCUCUAUCAUAAACUGGUUGUUGUUUUUCCCCCCUAAAGCUCUCAAGUUCAGAGGUCACUCCAUUAGUUACGUAAGAGCUUUAAGGGCCAUGCUGCUAACUUUUACCUCUAGUGUCCAUUCUUUAUAUGAGAUCUGCUCUGUUGUAUUGUCUUUUCGGUUUCAUAAAAGUUGGGUUAACUCAAAGUGAGUUGCUGAAAAACACCUCAUUUUCUUGGUCUGUCCAGUUGCAGUUGAUGGCUUUUCACUAGUUGUGUGUGGUCCUGUUUGAGGUUUCUGCCUGUAAAGGAAGCAUUUGUGUAGCUGAGUGUUUGGUUGAUAAUGGUUUGGUUCAUAAUACGCUGAGCUUUGGCAAAUAAAUAACUGUGAGUGCUUGCCUUGGCUUGUUUCAAGGUGCUCCACUUGUAUCAAGGAACUAAAAAACUGAACUUUGAAGAAUUCCAGCGAGCAGAAGGUCAAAAAUCUAAGCUGCUUCCUGCAUCAGCAGCAAAAAGCUGUAUUAGUUUUGGCUUUGUUAUGUUCUUUAUGUGGAAGGAUAGGAUAGUGGACAGAGCAGGAAAUGUGACAGGGGUGGGGAAGUGGCGUUUGGAAAAGCAACUGCAAGUAGCAAUCGAACUCUGGCCAUCCAUCUGGGGCAACUUUGUCUUGUCUGCAGGCACCACAUUGAUGUUCCUUGUAGUUCUUAUGUGUUAGUCUACCUUAAACCCCUUUUACUUUUGGGGGGUUGAAGUAUAAAAUCAAUGCAAUAGCUUGUCUACAUGCCAGUUCCUGGUGCCAGGUAGCAAGUGUGUCACAAAUAUUAAUGCCACAGCGCCAUGGGAAGCAUGUUUUGGUGCACAGUGAGAAGAUGCAGCCUGGAGCAAUUUGACUUGCAAGAUCUUCACAAAAUCAUGUUGGAGUUUUGAGGUGAUACAAUUUCUGUUUCUUUUGAAUAUUAUUUUGUGGCUUUUGUGCUUCUACUAUGAAUGAGUGCUUAAAACAAAUCAAGACUCUUUCUUACAGGUAUAACUGCGUUUAAAGAUUAUAGUUAUUGUGCUGUUAGUGACAGAAAAAGUAGAUCGCUAAAAGUCCUGUGGUAGUCAACGUGGAUAAUGGGUAUGUGGCUGUUUUAAUAGACCUAUUAAUGGUUCAGGUCUAUCAAGUGGGCUGAUGAUUCAUGCCUUUUUGAAAUAAUCAGUAGUAGCUGGUGCUGGUUGAUGCUGUUCCCAUCUGACUUCCUGCCUUGGUUGAUCUGAACAGAAUGAUGUUACUGGGCAUGCUGAGGUGUUUUUGGGAUGCACAUGUUCCUGCAAAACCCCAUGCUAAGUUGGAAGAUAGUGUCAAAAGUAACUGAAGUAUAACUGUAAAGACAAACCAAAACUCCUCAACAGAGCUGUCAGUCAUGGUGUUACAUACCCUAUUAUAGCAUCAAAUAACUAGUUAACAAAGACACAAAUUAUUAUGAUAGGAACUAAGUAUCAUGACUAGGGCUUGGCGAUAAGGCCUCAAAUCAAUAUCACGAUAUAUCGAGCAGGUCACCCCGAUAACGAUAAAUGGACGAUAACUACUCCACAAGCUGCUAACCCACUCCCACGUUAAUUUUGUCUACUUCAGCUACUGCUCCAGCCGCUACAUCUUUUGAACUGUCCUCCAUCUCCUGACCUGUCUUUCCAUCUUUGUUACAGACUGGAUGAGGUGGAGUCAUGUCUCUGAUUUAGUACAGCGUCUCAAAGGGACAUGAGACCAUAGCCUACCUACACACAUCAAAAACCAACUUUUAUUUAUUUUUUUUUUGACAUCAAAUAUAUUGACAUGGGCAAAAUGACGUUGGUUAUCGUUGAAAAUUUCGGUAUUGGUAAAUUUUCGGUUUAUCGCCCAGCCCUAAUCAUGACAGAAUCCAUCUUUGAGAGAAAAAAAAAAUGUUAUGUGAUUUUAUAGUUCUACUUAUGUCCCAUCUGUCAACAUGGAGGAGUCAGGCUCUGUUGCAGCCAGUCAGCAGGGGAAGCAAAUGCUUUGGUUUCACAGUCAGAGCCGUCACGUUGUCCAUCUUUUCUACAGUCUGUGUUUUGUGCUAAGAGGGAAAAAUGGCAGGAUAACAUCUCCACCUAGUGACAGUUUGACUUUAUGAGUCUCUGACCUUCACUACCUGACGUUACUCCUGUGACUGAUCACAGCAACUACACACACAGCCCUCCUUUCUAGAAGGACAGAUACUCAGUAUGUGUGUGUGUCUGUUUCUUUGGCCUGUCCGGACAACAGAAGAGAAAGAAGAGUAGAGAGGGAAUGGGACAAUUAAAGAGAAAGAGGACUGGUGAGGUAAAUAGUCGUGGUUAUAUAUCAGUGUGUGUGUGUGUGUGUGUGCAUGUAGCAAUCAAGUUAAGCAGACUAUAAACAAACAGGGUGAGAGACUGGCUUCCACUCGCUCUCUAUAUCCUGUUCGCUCACCCGCUCCUGUUUGCUGUUUGUUUAGGGAAGAGGUGUUCAGGUGAACUGUUUCCACGGCAGCCAGCUCCCUGGUUGCCAGGCAGCACUUCCGACUCCUCUCCAGAAUGGGAGGGGCCAGGUAUUUUAGGAAAUGAUGGUGUGAAGAGGAGGAGGAGGAGGAGGUGAGAGAGCUAGAGAGAGAGAGAUUUAGAUUUCUUGAUGCUUUACAAACAUUAAGACACAUUAUCCAGUGUUAGCUUGUUUAAGUCUGCUUUCUAAUAGGAUUUUCCUUUUUUAGGGCCCCAGUACGAUACACACUGUAUAGUUUUUACAAUUUGUGACAGCUAUGAAACAACCUAAAACUCACAAAACCACGCAUGUGCACGAGAGAUGGCAGAAAAUAGCAAUCUGACAGGGAGGUGUAUGUAUCAUGUCAAGAUUUCAAGAAAAUCCUCUUAACUUUGUGGUGGAAACUCCAAAGAAAGUCAGCUGUUUUAAAACCGUUUUCAGAUUUAGGAAGGUUUCAGAGUCCUAAUGUGAAAAAACUCUUCUGGGCUGUUCAUCCAGACCUCUUCUUGCCUGUUGUAUGUAGUAAAAAGACUGAGGUCCCAGAGUCUCGGUAAAGGACAUGACCAUGUCAGCGCAGCAAACUUCUCAGUGUCACAAUGAUGGAAGAAGGUGUGUUUUUUAAGGAGUAGAGGAUUUGGUUCAGACUCUAAUAACCUGAAACGCACCAGUCAAAAAUGUUACAGCUAUUAAGACUCAUAUAAUCAGACAGAGGAAAAUAGCUCAGUAUCACCUCCUUCAGUGUUUUGACCUUCAUGAAAACUAUCUGAUGACGUGUGGUUGAAGUGUCAGCACACAUUUUGGCAUUUGUGUCUUUCUUCUUUUGAAUCCUCUUUUUUCUUGCCUUUCUUAUGUCUUUAUUUCUCUUCUUGCAUUUCUCCUCCUUUAUCCUUUCUCUUUUUCCUUUUUCUCUGUAUGUCUGUCUCUUUUCUUUCUUUUUUUCUUCUGUUUCAUUCUACUUCAUUUUCCUUUUUUUUACUGAUUUUUUCCUUAUGGCUGUCUUUCCUUUUGUCUUUUUUCUUUCUCCUUUUUUUGUCUUUCUUACUUGUCUGUAAUUUCUUUCUUCAUUGUUUUUCUUGUCUAUUUUGUUCUUUGUCUGUUUUGUCUGUCUUGCCCUUUUCUUUCUUUUUCUUUUUUCUCUUUCUUUUUUCUGAUGCCCUUUCUCCCAAUGUCUUUUUCCCUCUUUUUUUUAUUACCUUCAUUUUGACCUUACUUAGUUUUGUUCAUCCCUUCUUCUGUUUUUCGUAUCUUAAUCCUUAUAUAAAUACUUCCCCCUGUCAUUCAUUUCUUACAUUCUUGUUUCUUUACUUUCACUCGUUCUUUCAUGCCCUCCUUUUUUGUUGUUCUUUCUUUUUCCCUUACUUCUUCUCCUGUGCGUUUUUUCCCCUUUGAUUAUUCCCUGUCUUUCCUUCCUUUAUCAUGUCCUUCCUUCAACCCACCUUCAUUUUUCCCUUUCUUUUAUCCUUUAUUACUUUUCCUUAUUCAUCACUUCUUUUAUUUCCUUCCAUCUUGUCUUCCUUUACCAACUUUUUUAACUUGUUGUGUUUGUCCUUUCCUUUUUUUUCUUUUCUUUCUUUCUUCUCCAUUACUUUGGUCUUUUUUUCCUUCUUGUCCUCUGUCUUGUUUAUUUUUCUUUCUUCCCUUCUUUCUAACUUUGUCUUUUUAAUUAUUUUUCCGUGUUUUUCUCCCUUUGUGUCUUCUUUUUCUUCCCUUUCUCUCCUCCUCCCCUCUCUCUCUCUCUCUCUCUUCUCCUGUGUGUGUUGAUCUGCAUGUCAUUAGGGUAAUGGAAUAGUUGGCCAGCAGGUUAGUCUGCCACAGCUAGUUAGCUCUGUAAGCACACACACACACACAUGCACACACUCAGAGUCAUGCCCUCUCUUACAGCUCUUCAUCCCAUUAUCUCGGCCCUGACACUGUUACAUCGGCACCCUGCUGAGUCGCUGUAAUGACACGGACUUCCACUUCCUCGAGUAAGCGGACUUGAAGAACCACAUACUGAACAAAAGACAGAAAUAGAGCGACCGGAUAGACCCAGACUAACCAUUCAGCUGGAUCUUAAUCUUCAAUCCACUUUUGGCUUUUUCUUUUUAAAUUUGCACAUUGAAUUAUAAAUUAAACCGUUCAGUUUUUGACUGAAAUCUACAAAGCAGCGUCUACAGCUAAUGCACCGUGAUAUCAAUCAGCUCGACGGUUACUCAAACUUUGUUAAAAUCAACACAAGCUUUUCUACUUUGCUUAAAGUGGGAUGAGUCGGGGUGCCAGUAUUACUUAGUUGCUAAGUUCCCCACCUCAUGUGUAGAGGCCGUAGUCCUCUGAGCGGGCAGGCCAAGUUCAGGCACUUUCUCCCAUGUUAUCCAAAAAGAGAUGAUUUAUCCAAGGAAUUAACAGGGUUUUAAGUUAAGGUUUUUACUUGGUGUUCAAAAAGAGCAACAGCAACAUCUGAAUGCUACUGUUGAUCAUGCCUAAGGUUUGUUUUAUUGUUUGUAUCGGAGGCUGCAAAACAGCAUUGUCCUUCUGGGAAAAAUGAAGUUGUUUAAAUUAAAUUGAAAAAUGAAGGAGCACCACAGCUGCAGUAUUCUACAGUGUUACACAGUGUUUCACAGAAGAGCCAUUCACUCUCUCUCUCUCUCUCUCUCUCUCUCUCUCUCUCUCUCUCUCUCUCUCUCUCUGAUAACUAUGAGCCAUUUUUGCUGCUUGUGCUUCAACCUUCACAAUCAACAUCACCUUCCUCAAGGGUUACAUUUUCACCAACAUUCGAUUUUCCUCAUCUUUUCCCCCACCCUUUCUGUUCACUGGUGAAAUGAAGCAAGUGGAGCGUUCACUUUUGACUGACAUCAUACCACUGCAGCCAUUUCUAAUCGAAACACAAUUACUGAUCGCUUCACUGAGGAAUAAGGAAAAACGUUGCACUUGUACAACUAACCGUAUCCGCACAAAUGCUCUCAAAUACAUUUUUAGGUCGCACAGGUUAAAUUUCAAGAGCGUGUAUAAUCAAAAUGGUCCAAAAUUUGAACCCAAGGUAAAGGAAAUUGUGGUGAUUUGAGAUAAUUAUAAUAACUUAUUAAAACAAAUGGAAUAUUGUCCAAAAAAAACUUUUAAAUGUGAUUGUAUGUGUUACAAUCCACAACAGAAUAAAUUAUUAAAUUUUCCCUCGGGGACAAAUAAAGUUUUUCCUAUCUUAUCUUAAAUAAAUGAACUUCAUCUCUAACACAUGUUGGUACCUAAAAGACAACAUCAUCUGGUGCCUUAAUCUAGGAAAUGUUUAAAGAGAUUUGGGAAGUGUAUUAAUUUAUUUCAAUAUUAUAUUUUGGCAUCAUUUUUACAGCAACCAAGACCCUAAAUUUGGUCUCUAAAAACCUGAUUUGAAAGCUAAAAUGUAAACAAAACAGACAAAUAAAGAGGAUUUGACUUUAAUUAAGGGGAGAGAAUAUUAAGAGGGUGACUGUUGGAUUUGUUAAAAGAAAAGGUCAGUUAUACUCUAUUUCAUCUCAUAGCUAUCUAUUUUUGCCUUUAAAGUGCCAAAUAAAAAAACAACCAAUUAUAUGUUGUACUUGGAUGUUAAUGGCAGAGCUGUUCUGCUCUUAAUUCUAUAUGUAACAGGGAAUCCAUCUCUUCAUUGAAAAAUAGCCUGUAGGUUGUGUGUAUUCGUAAAGUUACAGUACACGAGAACAAGCUUUAAUGUUACUUAAUAUCAACAGUUUUUUUCUGUUUUCAGAGGUCAUUUGAUACCAUAACAUUUUAUAAAAAACUGUAAAAACACUGUAAAUAUCCAAAUAUAUUAAAUGCUGUAAUAAGGGGUCUUUGGCUAAACUUAUAUAAAGUAUAUAAGGGUAUUACAAUGAAAUGAAAAACAAAUGUAGACCCUUUAAAUAACAGUUUAAGGACAGUUAUCAGUAGGUUAAGUUGACAUAAUGAUAAUGAGGAUGGUGACGAAGAAUGAUGCGUGUGCAGUCAGGAAAAAGUGUGUGAUUUUAUAAGUACAAGUAGAGCGAAAUGGAAACUUAACAUGCUCCUUUAAAUCACAUUAGGGAUAAGCAGCCUGAGCCUCAUCUACAACACACACAAUCAGGAAGCAGGAGGCGGUGACAUGUAGGCCACGGGGUCAAUUUUUAUGAAGGACCAAAGUUGAAAAUAAUCAAAUGCUUCCACCAAAAUAAAAAAAAGUUAACGUUGUUUUUGAUAAUACACAACCAAAUAUUAACUAUAAAAGCACUUUCUUGCUCAAUGUGUGUACAGUAAAUUGUACUGUACUGAACUGGACCAGUGGAUGGCGCCAAAGGACAGGGCAGCUACAGUAAGCAGUAAGCUGAGUGCAGCUUGCUCUCUAAAUGUGGUGUGAUUCCUGUUUUAACACUGAGUUCAUUCAGUACAUUGAACAACCAGGAAGUAUACAGACAACUCAACCAGUGACACACCGGUUUUUAUUGAAUUUAGUUCAAUACUAUCAGGAAGAGUUGGGAUACUAAAUGUUAAGAUGUAAACAUAAGGACGAAUGAAAAUUUAAAAAUAGAGGUUUAGACAAACUGGAUGUGUGAAUUGUGCAAAUAGUUGUGCAAACGAAGCUUCAUAAAGCCAGAAUUUGAGCUCCUGCAGCUAUCAUGUGAACUUAAACUGUCUGGGUUAAACCUGAUUAGUGAGAACAAUACAUGAACCCAGUUCCAAGAAACAUUUCAAUAUAAAAAGAUAUUUUGAUCGUUUAAAUGUCAUUAAAGAAUCUGAAUCUGUAAUACUUAAUCAAUUCUCAGGGGUGAUACGAUUAGAAAAUCUGGUUCUGAUUCUGGAAACACUGGGAUAGUUGUGUAAUGCUUAACAAAAACCCUGAAGGAGCAUCUCAAGACUGAUGAGGUGAAUUUGCAACAUGUAAGUACCAUGACCUCGUAUAAAAAGGCAUUUUAGAGAGGCAAAAUCUCUGUGAAGUUAACGGGAAGAGGUUUACCACUCUGUAAGAUACCCUGGGAGCAAAUGUUUUAACUAUGUCAGAGUAGAGUUCUCUGAAUUUUGAGGGUCUCAACAUCUACAGUACACUGCAUAAUUCAGAGAAUCUGGAGAAAUCUCUGUACAAAAGGUACCAAAACCAAUACUGGAUGUCAAUGUAUUUAGACUCACAGGUGACACUGAAUUAAAUACAGACAUGACUCGGGAGUGGAAGUCACUGCAUGGGUUAAAGUCAUAUUAAAGGAAUAACAUUUGUUGACGUGCUUUCUCACAGACAGCAUGGCUAAAUUUGACUUUUGAGUCGGAGAAGUCUGUGGGCAAAAAGGGCAUCCAAGGUGGUGGGGAAUAUCCGCUAGUUUUGCAGCAGCAAACAUUAUCCCGUAAGCGGCCUUCGCCAAGGAUGCCAACCCCUUAUUUUUCAAAAACUGUAAAAAACAGCGGCAUGCUCACUGUUCAAAUCCAAGAAACACAGAAAAGUGAGUCAGAAACUGCCCUAAAAAUGAUUGUCCAUGAACAAGGUUUGUAGUUGUAGGUCAAAUGCAGGUCAAAAACUGUAUCGUGCAAAGAGGACACGUGCGCAGUACAAACAUGAUCCAGAAGUGCUGGUGAUUUGUUUGGAAGACCGGAACGGUCCUGUGGUGCGAUGAGGGAACAGCCAACUUGUUAUUGAAUGAAAAUAGAAUAUGUCUAAAAAGAAAGAAAAUUAAGUCUAUAUAUGUAUACAAUGGUAUUGUAUGUAGUGUAUUCAGUUAAAAUCCUCUGUCUAAAUCUUAAUUUCAUCUUUCAUUUGAACAGCUGUGGGUAAGUCACUGAACAGAUUUAUUUUUCCUCUUUUGCAGGAAGAUUGAAAAGACAACUGACCCCCUUCUUUGUCCGUCCACCGUCUGUCCUCUGACACAUGGCUGACUCCGAGGACCCACUUUAACAUAUAUACAGGCACAAGAAAGGGACUGAGGAGGGAAAUCCAGGUUCAUGAAUUCAUCACACACUUCAGGUAAGUCUCUUUUAAAUCUGCUGUGGGUCAUGCUGGAGAAACAAGAAUGAAAGAUGGCGUCUGACUGGGUGGCUGGUGUUGAUAUCAGACUUGGGAGACUAGUUCUUUUUCCGAGCAUUAAUUGUGUUGAUUAUUUUGCGCUUGGUCAGUUUUAAAGGAACCUGAUUGUGAAAGAGCCUGUUGCAGAUCUGGAGAUGUAAUUGUUUGCAGUAAUUAACAUCUAACAGGUAGUUUGUUUGUUUCUUAGCUUGCACACAAGGUUAACUGAAAUGGUUAGAUUUUCUGAGUUGAAAAUAUUACUGGAUUUGAAUGAAGCAAAGAGAGAUGUGAUAAGAGAGAAAAGUGGUGCUAAUAGUAACUGGCAGUCAGAGUGCAUUUGAAGGGACUUCUGUGUAAAUAUAUAUUUUUUCUUUUUGAGGCUUUGAGGGUGAUCGUGUUCAGCUUGACCUCAAGCUAAUGCUUUUCAAAGACCAGCAGUGAGCCUUUUCGACUGUUUGAAUUCACACACCAUGCUGUGCUUGUACUUCACUGUGCCUCCGUGAUCAGCCACAAGCUGCUGAAAGAGCUAUGAGCAGAAGCCUUUACUAAGAAGCAGGACUUUGGGUGAUGAGGGUAACUACAGGGUUAACAGCAACUUUUCAGAACUGUAAAGGGAUUCAUUUGUAUCUGGGUUGGUAACCAACGUAGGCUGAACAUCUGUCCUGCUCUGGAAGCAGACUGAGAACAGAAGGAUCAGGUGUGUGUGUGUUAGUAAAGUAGAGGACAGAGCGAACACUGCAAAAUCAUAGCAGCAAUAUUCCAACUAAAUCGAUCACUGAUAAUUUAUUGUUUCCUCUGAGUUUUACCAUUUAGUUGUGAAUGUGUGUGAAUGAUCCAGCAGCAGCAGGUUAAAGGGAAAUGGUGUCUAAGUAUUUCAGUUCAACCAUUUAGGUCUUGAAAAGAAAAAAAAUAAAUAUUUGGAUUAAAUAAGAAGAAGAAAGUCAUGUGUAAAUACAUUCUAUAGACAGGUUUCUGUGCAACGUCAUCACAGGUAUGCGCAAGCAGCCAGGGGGCAGAAAGCAGGACAUUUCGUAUUUGUUUACUAGCAGAGUCAACGGAGAAAGAAAAUGACAAGAAGCUGUUGUGCUGUAAAUCGUCGUAAACAUUUUUACUUUGUUAGCAUUCACUAACAUUGCGACCCUGCUCCUGAUAUUAGAAACAUCCAAAACAACGUCACAACCUGGUAAGCUGAGUGAAAUUCAUGGACAUUUCAGCAAGUGUUUUUUUUUUUAAUUUGUGAUGCAAUGAAAAAAAAUUCAAUGAAAUGACAUUGUAUUGCAAUUGUGUGCAAACAAUGCAGUAUCUUCAUUGAUAUCAGUUCACUCUGACGCAGGCUUUUGCCCCCUGGUUGCGCGCACACCUAGUAUUUUGUACACAAGAAACCCAUCUAUUGGAAUGUUCAUUGGUUUUCAGAACAUGACUGAUAUUUAUGUCAGACACAAUAUUAAAUAGCUGUAUCUUAUAUAUCAUUGCUGCGUUUAUCAUUUAGAAAAGAUAAUGCAGCUUUAGGAGGGUCAAUGCUAGGGUCAAUCUGUAACUGUUGGGUGAUAAAAUGUUUGCAAGCUUUGAUGAUUUACUUUUCAGUACAUACAACACUGUGAAAACACUGCUUGUUGAAGUUUGGUGCUUUACUUCAUUUUGAUUGAAAAUAAGUCAAAGUUCUUAUAAAAGUUCAACUUUGACGCCAUAUUUGACCAAAUGUUUUAAACUGGUGUUGGCCAAAAAUACCAGGUGACAAGUAUAUGUUUUUUAAGAUGAAUUAUCAGAAACAAAGAAAAAGUAUCCCAAAGUUACAAAAUAUUCAUGGUUAUUGUUUUGGUCAUAAUCUGGCAGUUCUGUCAGCACUCAUGGAGUUCCUCUCGUCCAAUCAGAUUACAGACUUUUACAUGAGAACUCACAGGCAGGUUGAUGAUAAAACCUGUAGACACCUUUAAGGAUUCCUCAGGUAUUUUUGACACCUUUGUCUCAGACUGAGUGAGUGGUUGACUGACUGGCUGUAAUUUGGUUGUCAUGGAUACAGAUAUAGUACAUCACACACACACAUAUACGUAUAUACACACACAGACGCACAGACAGCAGUGUGACUCCAGGGGUUCAUGCGCCUCAAAUAGAAACGCAGAGAUGAGUCAUCGGCUGAGCUGCUGCAGUACACACACACAUACACACACACUCACACACACACACACACACAUACACAUACACACACACACACACACGCACCUUUAGCAGAUGUGUUUAGUAUGUGAGAGCACUUCGAUGUCAGACAUGUUGUCUGGUCACUCGCAUCCUUCUCCAUCUGUCUGCCAAAGUGGUUUGAAAGGACGAUGGUGGAUAAGAGAAUAAAAUGUUAAAAAUGUAACAGCAGAGCAGGAAGAUAGAGGAGCUGCAGCAGGAACACAACACACCACAUCACAAAUGAGCUCUCAGAGUAUUUUUACCUUUCCUUUUCUUUCUAUGUAUUUAGUCUCUGUAGCUGUGAGUCAUUCUGAGGCGGCCUUAAAUGUGCUUGAGGACAAACAGAGCUGUUUACACAGGAGGUGAGGAUGAUGAGGGCGAUGAAGGUGACGAGGAGGAGGUGGGAUGAAGGUGAUGAUAAGAUGAUUCAAUAAAAUAUUAUCAUUUCUGAAGAGGAAACUGUCAUCAGCCCAGAGAUGAGGAGCUAAUGAAUGCUCAAGAGCCUAAAUCAUCCCCAGUGCGUCAAUUCACACGUUUAACUGCAGCCAUUCAAGAUAUUUUUGUGUUAUUUUUGUGUGUUAUAAUCUUUUUGUAUAAAGCUGCAUUUUAAUCCAAGAUACUCCCACAGUCACUGACAUCCCAUAACAACACUGUAACUCAUUCUUUAAACCAUAAACCAGAUUAGAGCUGGCGCAAACAAAUACUAAAAAUAGACAACUUCACUUUCAAUUAAUGAUACCCACACUGACUGCAAAGUGACAAAGUCAGCAGUGCAGCUUUUUAGAUGAAUACAGCCAUUUUCCACACCUUUAAAACUCAGCUGGUAAAUACAAGCUAUGUUACACAACAAAUUGCAAUUUAUUUGCAAUUAAUAAGUUGCAAAAAUCUACAUUUGCUGCAAUUGGAAAUUAUUUAAUGUAUGCAAUCAAUGUUUUCUCACUCUGCAUGUACAUCUUACAUGUUAGAUGGCAACUGUAUGGCAUUAUGCCAUUUUAAUGAAGUCCAACAAAGCUUAAGCCAGCCAUCAGCUAUCCUCAGGUUCAUUUGUGAUGAAAACAGCUACUCUUUAGAUGAACUUGGGUUCAGGAAAAAUAUGUUGCAAACUUAUGAAUGUGUAAAACAAAACAGCACCUAGACUAAAGACACUUUGGAUUGGUUUAGCUCAUGUUCACUGAAAUUUCAGUUGCUUGUCACAAAUUUGAUAUCACAUUAUUCAUCAAGGUUAUUGCAAGCCUGGCAUUGGAUUAGAUGGCAACUUCUAAUGUCUGAUCAUGUAAAUAAGUUACAUGAUACAAUAACAGCCUCAAUUUAAAUGUUGCCACUGUUGGAGAGGGGAAUUUUUCAGUUCACUCAGGAUCACUCUUUGUGGUCCUGACUAACCUGAAUUUUUUCUUGCUAUACUAUAUAGAACAUUUGGCGGUAUUAGUCUGUUUUUUGAGCUCUCUGGUCUUCUACAUGUGGAAUGCCAAAUCCUAAGGCAACAAGAGCACACCUCCCCUACAUUUCAUGUGCAAACAUGAAAAGCCAAGGUAGGUAGGGCAGCAGCAAAAACACUGGUAACAGACAUCAGUAGCAAGGCACAGCAUAAAAAUUAGGAGCUUUUCAUUUUAUGUGUAUACAUGAAAAGGCAGAGAGAGCAGCAGCAAAGACUUUUCAUAGACACUGUGAGAUUUAGACAGUGCAUCAGAAGAAAACUGGUAGGCAGUGCACACCUUCCUCUAUUUUAUGUGCAAACAUGGAAAACUAAGGCAGAGGGAGCAGCAGCAAAGAUCCCAGGGAUAUAAAACAGAAUAGACAUUUGUCACAAUACAUAUGACAUGAGCAAAUAAAGAUGUAGUAUAAAAAGGAGAUGUUGGAAAAGUAACCCUUCUUUCUAUUUUAUGUGCUGAAUGAAGAAUAAUGGCAGAAAAAGCACUAGCAAAGACUCCCUGGACACAGAACAGGGCAGCAUUAGUAAGAAUGCAACCUCUGUUUUAUGUGCAAACAUGAAAAAUCCAGCCAGGGAGAGCAGCAGCAAAUAUUCACAGAGUACAGAACAGAGCAGGCAUCAGUAAAAAAUAUGAUACCAGUUAUAUAAGGCACAGAAUAAAAAGAAAGAGCUGAAGUGGGGAAAUCAUGUCUUUCCCAUUUAAUGUGCAUGAAAGCCAAGGCAGGGAGAGCAGCAGCACAGCCCCCCCAAGGAACAGAACAGAGCAGGUGUCAGUGGUCAUGCAUGUGACACUGUUGAAAAAAGACAUGGCAAAAACAAAAAAGGACCUUAAAUGGGAAGAGCUAACUACCCUUCACUUUAUGCUGAAACAUGAUAACCCAAGGAAGGGAGAACAUCAGCAAAGACCUCUAGGGUUAAAGCAGUUUAAAGAAAACCCCUGACUGCAUAUUGAAACUUGUAGUCAAGUCAGGUUUGCAGGUCGGCUGUGGACUGCCGUAUACUGAAAAAAUCAAUACACUUCCUUGGUUGAAUAAAACCUUAAUGGUUGCAUUCAAAAUCAGCAUUCAUACUCUGUGAGAGCUGGAUGUUUGUACAAAAUUUGGUGCAAUCCAUCAUGUAAAUGUUGACAUGUUUUGCUUGAAUUGUAAAAUCUUAGACUCUGUGGUGAUGAAGGAAGCACUUGAGAGUAUCACUGAAUCCAUCCCUGUGUUAAGAUGUUGUAUAAGUUGUUACGACUGUCAGGACUUGGACUGUCUCCAUGUCCAAACAUAAAACAGGAAGGAAGAGGUUAAGGUCCCGCCCACACUCGAUUUGAUUGACAGGUGAUCUCCGGGCAGUGCGGUGCAGAAACAUGACAGCACUGAGCGCCUCCCCCUCCUCCUCUCCACCCCACCCCACCCGAGCUCUGUAGGCUUACUGCUCUCUUUUCUCUCUCUCUCUCUCUCUCUCUCUCUCUCUCGCUCUCUCUCUCUCUCUCCCUGUCCGUCUAUUUUUAUCCGUAGCUCCUCCUCCUCCCUGGCAGGCUAUUUUCAGCUAUAGUCCCUCCAUCAACCCCCAAUCUCCUGUGUUAGUAAAUGCCUCCCCUCUCCUCGCUCCUCUCCCCCCUGCCUCUUCUUUAAUCUUUUAAACAGUCGGCCGAUCUGACUCCAGAAACAUGCAGCACGGAGAGAACGAAUGAAGGUGAAUGGAGGGCAGAAGAUGAAGGACUUCUUCUCCUCUUCCGCCUCCUCUUUUCUCCUCAGUAUGUUGUGAAAUGAAAUAAGCUGUUGUCGUUUCUCCCUCCAUCCGUCUAACUUCUUUUCCACCCAGUGAUCCACUUUCAGCCUCCCUCUCUUUUCUCACCCUCCUCCCUCUGUCUCCUCUCUCUCUAAGCCUUCAUUCACACACACACUAACACACACACACAUACACACACGCGCACCAAGGACUCUCAGACAGAGAAUAUUAGCCGUCUGACCAGCAGCUGUUUCUGCUCGCUGUACAAAGCGUCACUCUGCAGCCGCUUUUGUCUAUUUGUGUGUUUUCAAGCGAGGGGAGAAGAGGGCAGCGUGUGAUCUCCUGCUGCUCAUUUCUCGAGGAGGAUCCUAACUCGUCUUCCUCUCCUCAACAUUUCUUUUUUUUCUAUCCUACCCACCGCUCUCUCCCUUUCUUUCCCAGUCCCUCCCUCGCCCUCUCUCUUUCUGUCUCUUUCUCUGUCAUUCUCUCAGCGCUUCGUUCUAAUUUUGGAAGCAUGGAACCUCGGGGAGCGCUCUCCCAAAGCUAUUUACGUCCUACCCUCUCCUCCUCCUCCUCCUCUUCCUCCUCCUCCUCCUCCUCUUCUCGUCUCCCUCUCGUCGUCCAGGAGGAGAACAGCAUGAGGAGCCUUUGAUGCACCGAGCAGGGGGGUUUUAGCUUCUCCUCAUUUCGAUAUUUUUGACGUGUUAUUAGCUGCGGGACGCGGUGAAGAGGCUGCAGCAGGUCUGCUCUCAAACAGAUCCUCUCCAUCACUUCUCGGCUUACGGGACACGCAGGAAAACAAGAUUCUGAUCUUGGUUUUUUUUGCAUGAUUCACACUCAUUAAGGGUUUCAUGCAGCAGAGACAAACUUUCUUCUGUCUGCAUCGUGCGAGUUUCGUUUGCCUGCUAGGUGUCCUGCAUGGACCAGGACUCCAGGUGAUUUUAACACAACUGACAGACCAGAAAGUCAGAUUUCAAGCUCUUACUAUCUUCAUUUUUUUUGCUACAUUUGACUCUGGAAGCUGCUCAUCCUCUAUUUGUUGUUUGAAUCAUUUCUGGGGACAAACAGAGGAGGGAAAUCUGGGACCUGUGACAAAGGUAACAGCAUAAAAAAGAGGAUUUUUUUCCAGAGUCAGGAACUGGACAACGGCACAAAGUGAAGCGGCAGCGGACACUCAAGGAGGCAGCGUCUACCUGCAAAAAUCUGCAUCCAGAACGGGACACCUUUGUUGGAUUACAUAAUAAAAGAACGGGGGAGUUCUCUCUUGCAUUUUUAAAGGACUUCCUGGGGGCUUACGAUAUAUUUAGGAUGAUCGCACUUGCGCUGUAGAAGCAGGACUUCACUCUUCAAGUUUUCAGUUUUGCAGUGAGCAUUUUUUGAACUCAUAUCAGGAUGAUUUAACAUUUCUGACAGCGCUCAUCAGUGUCUCAAUCCCCCUCGUCUUAGGCAGCUUGAAUCCUAAACUUGGCCGUGAACAUGUCUUUGGAGAGGAACUGACGGCUGUUCUUGUUACAAAACAAGAGUGCUGCCUCUCGUCUUGGCAUGCUGUUACAUCCCCCGGUGUCAGGAUUGUGCACCAUGUUGCAGACCAUCUAUGAGACUGAGUCCUGUUUUUCAUCCACCAGCACAGACAGCCACCACCAGCCUCUGGAGCUCUUGAGUGACAGCAGGGGCUCCAGCACCGCCAUGCCCACCGCUGGUGAGUCAUCUCAGGGAGAGGAGGGACGAGGGAGAGGGGGGCGCGAUGGGAGUCAGACUAAAGAUCUGGAUCUGAAUGAGAAAAGCUGAUUAUGCUUCGGUGUGCGACAGAAUCUGGUUGUAGUUUUUGUAAUGCAAAGUGCCAGUGAAUGAUUAUAGUGUCACAGAAAGGUGUUUGUGUGAGCAUGUGCGCGUGUGUGGGUGGCAGCUCAGAGGUCGUGUUGAUAGAAAAGGGAAGAAGGAUGGACUGUGUGUUUGGGUCAGGGGCUUUCAGACUAUGAAGGACUCAGGGGGAAAGAUAUAUGAGAUGUGAGGUGAGAGGUGAUGUGUGCAUGCUGGAGUUAUGAAAACAAACACAGUUCAGCGGGUAUUGUUUUCACCAUUUUUUUCAGUGCAUUCAGAAGUGCAGCAAAAGCUGUAAUAAAAAGUGAGAAAAUUAGGACAAUUGUUGGUCAACUUCGGCAACUUGAAUCAAUACUCAGAAGUAUUUCUGGGUGUCGAAAUCCAUUUGUUACAGUCUGAAAAUUAAUCUGAACAUUGUAACAAACGUUAACUAUUGUGGUGAUUCAGGGCUGAAUGAAUCAUUUAUUAAUUCAAAGCUGAUUCUGCCGCAUGUUAGCUGUAAAAGAUUUUCAUGUGCUGUUACUUUAAUUCUCGUAUAGUUUUAAAUCCUGCUUGCAAAAUUAUGGAACACACUGUGUUUGAUCAUUACAUAAAACCCAGAUAAGUCUGUGUUCAGUUAUGUUAUAACAACACAUUAGUGUGAUUUUGCAGAUAGAUUAUUUAUCAUAGGGCUGAGUGAUAUGACCCAAAACAAUUUCAACACCAAACUUGAUAUUUCGUUUAAAUCGAUUUCCCUGUCCUCGAAAUGAAACAAAAACAAAUUCUAGGGAUAAUAAAGAAAUGGCUCAAAACAAAUGUUUAGCUUCGCUGCUGUCUUUUUCUCCAAGUCUGUUUUCUUGCACCACUCUGUCGCAUCCCAUGUCCCACCCACAACACUAUCUGAUUGGCUAGAUGUUACAUGACUGUGAAGUGUAAUUGAUUAACUGUUUACCCCUGUAUAUUAAGGUGAAGGUGUCAGUCUUGAUUAAACGUUUGCUUAAGACAUUUUCACCAAGGUCUGUGUUUGAGUUUGUAAUGUUGUAUAUUCUAAGUCAUAUCAGUUCCAUAUAUCAAUCAUCAGUCUCAUGACCUACUAAUAAAUGGUAUUGGUAUCAACUCUGAAAAACAAUAAUGGCAGACCCCUACUUGAGGUCUUUUCACAUGUACAGUUGUACAAAUGAGGCAGACAACUACAGCUAAAUACUUGAAGCUGAGUAGCGCACAUCUAGGGAUGAUCUUUUUAAGCAUGCGUAUAAGCCCAGGCUUUUCCACUGUAUGAAUUGGCACCAUAUCUUUGGUGAUAUGCAGCUUAACUGCAUUAGAAACGGCUUUCUGUCUUUGUACCUUUCUUGUCAUAAACACUGCAAUGGGAAAAUGAUUCGGACAAUGUUGUCUGCUUUGUAGCUGGUGUUUGUAGGUUGCAGUGGUUUGUGAAUCUCAUAGUAAGACACAUUUCUCCAGCUCCACUGCAUGUCCCUGUUUUAGACAUUGAAAUUAACUGGCCAUGCUGCACCUUUUAGCUGCAUAGACUUUGAGUCUGAUAUUGAUUGAUGUUCAGAUGAAAACAAUGUAUUAAUCUGUAUAAAUUGAGCAGUUAAACUUAAGCAAUGGUUAUUUUUUGUGUUUACACAAGUGAAGUAAAUCACAUUAGGGUUCUGUAAUGUCGUGUCUACAGUUUUUGUUGAACUGAGACCUGAAACAGAUGAACUGGCAAUUGUCUGAGGUAUGUAAUGAACCAAAUAUGAUGGCAUUAACAGAGCAACGAAAAGGAAGUUCUGGCUUGAAGUCAGAACUUGCUAACUGUUGGCUUACACCAAAACUACCAGAAAUUUGUUUCAGUGAACAAAUUCCAGAAGUGUAUUUCUUACAAAAUCAGAGGUCAAUAGGCGAUGAUUGCUGAUGCUGUUACUAUGAUUGAUUAAUAAUGUUCAAAAGGAAUUAAAAGGACAGGAAAGACGUGUUGAUAUCUGUCUCUAAGCUCUAUAGCGUCAAGGACAUUCCUCUUAUCUUUACUCUGAUUAGAUCUAAGUUAUCCAUGUCUGAGUCGUAAAUAUUUAACCUGUGCAGGCCUUGUCACAGUCAAGUUUCCUGAACAAUGCUGCAGCCAACUUAAGUAAAGCUCAGCUUUAAACAUGGCUCGGUGCCACGCCUGGAUGCCAGCAGGUUGUUAGAUGUACAAGCAGGACUUAAAUUCAGUCUAAUCUUCUUUUCAGCUGCAAUUAAAGCAUUGGCUCACUGACGAACUCUGGUCAGUGUAUUUGUGGGUUUGUGUGUGUUCAGACUUAACAGGCUCACAGACGGUUAAAUACGAGUGUCCUCUGCUGCAGCAUUCACUCUGAUUAGUCUUGAUUUGUCCUUUUUCUAACACUGGUCACAUUUUUACGUGUGUUUUACAUGUUGGUUGUUUCUCAGAACAUAAAACUAAUGAAGACUUUGCACAGUGCAGAGUGUUCACAGAAGCAUUCAGACAUACAAAAUAGGUUUGUUGCAAUCCUGUUUGUCUCAGCAUUCAUUCCCUUUUCAUUCAAAAGCAAAGAAGUAAAUGAAAUAUCCUCCAUACUGUAGUGUAAGCAAAGGUUAAUAAGGAGUUUAAUAGUGGGGGGAUUCCUCUGGAGUCAGCAUUUGGUAAAACCUGUUGAACUUGUGGCAGUAAAAACCUCUGAAGCUUUGUGUCCUUGAUACCGAGAACAUUUUCUAAGACACAAAAAGGUGAGGUCAAGUGUUGCAUCCAAAGUCUUUGAGAUUGAAUGCGUCACUUCAUUGCAGAGAGACCAGACAAAUGGACCAAACUGAAGGUACAUAGUAGGGCUGGGACGAUAUGCUUUUCUCCCGAUUCGAUUUAAAAUGCGAUUCUACGAUGUUGCUCAAUUUUUAGUCUGCAUUUUUAACGCCAGUAAAACAGUUCAAUGAUUAUGAUUGUCUACUGACUAUUCCAGGAACCAUAUUUCCCCCAAAAAAUACACAUCACAUGUAAGUCAGUUUUUAAGAUCUAUUCUUAAUUUAAAAAAAAAAAAAGUGAUUUUUGAACAUAAAAAUCGAUUUAAAAAUUGUAAAACAAAAAAAAAUCCCAAUACUUAUGUGAAUUAAUUUUUUCUCCCACCCCUAGUACAUAGGUUGUCUGGAGAUAACAAUGCACUCAAGUAAUGAUGUGAUUAAAUUGACAAUUCUGGGUUCACAAUGCAAUUUUUUUAAAUUGGAUGGCUAGUUUAAAUCCCUUUAAUGUUCAAAGUUUGCAGUUGUACUUAAAAAGGAGACAUUAUUAUCUCACUGUACUUUGCUGAGAUAGUUAAGUUAGGGAUGUUAAAGAAAACAGCCAAAAAAUACUUGAACAAGUAAUUUCUCCAUAUUUCCAGAUCAAGGCGCUACAUUUACUCCCCCAAUGUGCCUUGAAUACGGGUGGAGUCAGUAUACUUCUAAACUGCUGUUUAGAGGUAACUGUAGAAGUACUACGGUAAUAUGAAGAAGUGGUAAUGUGUAGAGUUAGAGCUCGUAGGGCUGAACAGACGUGUGUGUGUGGGUGGGUUUUAGUUUAUGUCUGAGAGCCAACCUCCGUAAAGCUCCUGUGAGGAGAUUUUAUCAGGUAGCGGAACAGCUUCUUAUUAAUAUUGAUGUAAUUUUAUGACCUGCAAAAGUAAAUGAGACCAUCAGUGACAAGAUAGAUUUUUUUUUUUAACAUUUUAUUGCCUAUAAAUGCAGGUGGGGGUCAGUUUCAGCCCAACUGAUUAGCUGCAGUCUGUUAUAUGUAAUACAUUUUAGUGACAACAAAGUGCAGGGUGAGUUAUUCUGUGAGUAAACAAGACUUUCACAUAGUUAAGAAGUAGUGCUUUGUCCACAGGGGGCGCCACAAUCAGCAGAAAGUUUUUACUGGAGCUCCAAGUCCAUAUUUUCCAGUCUGUGGAUCAUACUAAUGAUUCUCUAGCGUGGGACCCUGACUCCAAUGGGGGUCAUGGGAUAAUGUUUCGGGGUCACAAAAUGGUUGUGUAUCAUAGCUUUUGAGACCAAAAUACUUUUUUGGAACCAGGCGGUAAACAUGUCUAUUUUUGCAUUAAAAACGAGCUUAUUAUUAUUAUUAGAGGAGUUUGAAUGUGUUCUGCAGACAGCCUCAAGUGGACACUCGAGUAACUGCAGUUCUGCGCUUACACUUCAUCUUUCAAGACCAAGGAGAGGUUUCCACUUAGUUUACAUGCUGUGCCUUUUGCUCCUGCACUGCCAUGACUUCAUGUGAAAUUACCCUCUAUGAUACUGAUAUUACACAGUAACAGAGUUCAAUGUGUAAGCAGCUUAUAUUUGGACCCUGAAGAAGCUUAUAUUAUUCUGUUGUUGCCACAUCUGCUGGUACAUCUCUCUCUCUCUCUUACCUGCAGAGGAAGUGUGGAGACUCUUCUCAUAACACAUACACAAGGUGUAAAAUAAGAAAAGGGCUAAUCUGUUUGUUUGCUUCAGGUAAUCUUGUAAGGGAAAAUGCCGUCGUUGUGGAUAUCUGGCUGUGAUAUCUGUGGGAAACAUAGGGGGAUGUCAGUGACAGGCGUAAUGACUUCAAAUAAGAGGGCUGUAAAGCAGAAAGCACCCUCUGCUGUUUGAAAAUGAUGUCAAUACUCAUUUUUUAUCUCACCGAUUUGAGUUGUCUCUUAUGUGUGCUGAUUUUCAGCUGUCUCUUGAGGUGAUGUUACAUAACAGUCUGCAACAACUGCACCACACUCCCCCCAGCAAGAAUACUGUGAACCUCUUAUCUUGGAUUCCUGAUUUGGGGUUAUAAAAUACAAAUCAGAUCAGAUCAGGUUCAUUCUGUCCUGAAGAAGGAAUUUGCAAAAGUGGAUUGAGUUUGCAACAUCAUAUUAAUUUGUUGAAUUUGACCAGACUUAAUUAGUUGUGAAUGAAAAAUAUGGACCGACGAGGGUUUCUGGACGCAUUUUCUUUGUGCACUUGGAUCAACCAGGUGUUUUCAAAGACAGAAACUCUGCUGUAGCACAAUAGACAGCAUCCUCUGUGGAUGACCUACAGUCUGCCAUCCCAUAAUACUCCUGACCCACCCUCGGUUUCUACGGCAACGCCACACAUGUGACUCCUCUCUCUCUCUAAGCUUCUAAUUUGUCUAAAGUACACACAGCCAUUAUACUAUUUUUACCUCUCUCUCUCACUCUACCCCCCCCCCCCCCCUUUCUCUCUCUCUCUCUCUCUCUCUCUCUCUCUUUCUCUGGGCUUUUUUUAGUGUUUUGCAGGGCUGAUGUCAUAGUGCCUAUUUUCUUUUAGCAAUGCAGAACCAACAAGAUGGGGGAGAGAGAGAAAGAGAGAGGGAGAGAGAGAGAAAAGAGAAAAGAGGAAUAUAUUGGUAUCCAGAAAUACCUCCCAGCAGCAGAAGCAGCAGCAGGAAUAUGAAAAACACAAGCCAGUAAAAAAGCAACAGAACUUGAAACUGCUCACCCCGCUCUUUGAGAUCAGUGCCUGUCUCAUUAUCAGCCCCUACAAAUUUUGGCGAGAACUCAGAGUCUUUGUUUUUGUGGACAAACAUCCUAUGACGCUGGUCUUAGAAAGGUUAUGUAAAAAAGAUGAAGAGACAGUGGAAAAACUUAGGUGGAGCCCACUUUCUUUUGAUGUAGAGAUAAUUGUUCCCAUUUUUUUGCACUACAGUACUUGAUUUCCCUUUUACACUUGGACUCCUGAUGAUUUCAAGGCUUCCAGGUCCUGACAUUCUCUGGACUUUCCCUUUUUACAAGUAUCUCACAAUGGAAAAUAAUCUGUAUUGGACUCUCUCUCACACAACUGGAAGCAUUUUUAUUUUAAGGAGGAUGCCAGGGUGAGGCCUGCAGGAGGAGGAGUUUCCCACAGUGGUGACUGUUUCUGGGUUAAUGUCACAAAAAUUACGGACUAGGACAGUGCAGUCCAUUCAUACUGUAGAAAACAUCACACUGAAAACUGGCAUAACCUUGUACUUCCAGUAGAAAAGUCUGCAGGAAGUGGACUUUUCUGCAGGGCUAUGGGAAAAAGUCUGCAUCAAGUGGAGGUGAGGAAAUUGACCAUUGAUCCGUGUUUUAGGAGUGACCUUGAUGCAUGAGAGGGGCAUUAGUUAAUGGUUUCCUUCUUGGCUCUAUGACAGUCAAAUGUAAGACCAAUUUAUUUUAUUUGAGGUCUCUGCUUUUGUUGUUUUGUUGCAUUUCUCAGGAACCUUUUUUACAACCUGAAGAGGCAAGCAAAGUAUGCAUCAAGUCAGGAUGAAGAAAUCAUCCAAUUGAGUUCACACAUAAGGAAUAUCUUUAUGGAGGUACACAGGGUCACGUAAAGGGUAUUUAAAUAGUCAAAGAAUUAAUGUUUAUUUUAUGCUUCAGUUACAUUAGGUCCUGACAUUAUCAAGACUUUUCCUUUUGCACAUCCCUUACAGUGGGUUUAUCUGUGUAUGAUCCUCUUCAACAAUUUAAAAAAUUAGGAAAAAGCACCGUCAAAGUCGAAAGGUUGGACAAAAGCCUUUCUGGCGUUACAAGACUGGACAUAUUUUGGACUUUCCCUUGUCUCUCAGGGUGGGAAAUUAUUUAUCUUGGCCAACCUCUCAUAACUGUAAGUAGACUACUUGUCUAAGGGGGAGGCAGGUACUGUAGUGUAGCGUGGACAUAAUGAUCCUGACAUUUCCUGGAUUUUUCUGUCCCUCUAAUGGGAAAUUCUCUAUGGUGGGCUGCCUCUCAUUGAUGGAAUUAGUCCAUUUGGUCAAGGUGAGUGUGAACACCCAGGAAAAACAUGCAAGAGGAGUUGUCAUGUAUAACAAUGUCUGUUCGUGUUUUCUUAUAACUGUGUGUGAAAAGUGUUUUCAUAGACCACUAACUAAGGCAAGCAAAGAAGAGUCUACAUGAGAGAAACUCCCAUAAAUGCAAACUUUGUUAUCACUCUCCUGCCCAUGAUAUAUGUUCAAGACUGUUACCUGCUGCGUCCACGCAUCCUUACCUGGACUUUGUGCGGACAUUGUGCUGCAGGAAAAAAGUCUGAAAAAGUCAGGGCUGACAAAUGCUGAUACAGAAAUGUAGCCUGCUGCACUGUUGAAAAUAUUUGAGCAGAGAUCAGUGUGAUGCAUACAAAGAUAUAUGAGCCUCAGUCUGUGUUUUUUUCUGCUGGGAUUCACUGUCUGGUUGGGUCAGAUGCGCAGUCUUCCCCCUCUUUUAUUGCCUCUCGUCUUGUGCUUAAAUUUCUGUUUAACUGCAGUGAGUUAAAGGCUCAUGUGAUUGACUGAAAAGUUUCUUCUUUGUCAGACUGUACGUUAGUGUGUGUGUGUGUGUGUGUGUGUGUGUGUGUGUGUGUGUGUGUGUGUGUGUGUGUGUGUGUGUGUGUGUGUGUGUGUGUGUGUGUGUGUGUGUUUACCAGACUAUAAAUGUCUUCAGUUUGACGUCAGACGCUGGCUGCUGUGGAAUGCUGCUCUCUUGCCAAACGGACAGUAACCCACACACACACUCACACAGGGACAGUGUGUGUGUUGUAGUGGAGGGGGAGACACAUGCGUCACAGUAAAACGCCAGAAUAUUUGUUUAGGUGAUUUAGACUUGAGGGGCUUCACACAUGUCCCCACACACACUCACACACACACAAACACACAGACCCUUAUUUCUCUCCUGCCUUCAUUUUUUUGGACACUUUUACAGCGACUGAGCUCACUAACAGAUUACAAACCGGCAAAAUCUAAAACUGGACAGCUUCUUUGCAUGAAUAAUCCACUUGUAAACAAUAUUUAGUUAGAAAUAGCGUCCAACUUUUCCAAAUCUGUGUUGAAUCCGUAAGUUAAACCACCCUGAUACUCGUUAAAGGAGCAGUAAUUUUUCUAUGUUGGUGUUGAUGUCUGGGGUCAAAAGUCAGACCAGUCUUAAGUAGAGAUGCACCGAUCCAUUUUUUUACGAUCUAAUCCGGUAUUGGGUAUCAGCUGAUAUCCAAUACCGAUCCAUUACUACUGUUAAAUGAAUGAACUGUAUACCUUGCCCUGUGAGUGAAGGCAUCAGGCUUUACAAUAGCCUUGUUAAAAAAGGCAACAAAUUAACACAAAUAUAAAUUUACUAAAUAUUAUUUGCUAAAAAAUAACAAAUUGCACAUUAGCACUCAGCAAAAAGAAGAAAGAUUUCCAUGUAAACAAUUAGUGCAAAAGGAUAGACAGACAUAGAACACAGAGUGAACAGAACUGCUGUGUUGCUGUGUAUGAUAUUAAUUAAACGAAAAAAAAUAUCCAAUCCAGUUAAUUUGUCAAUGUCGGAGCCGAUAUCCGAUCUAAAUAUUGGAUUGGUGCAUCCCUCGUCUUUAGCUGUGCAGAAAACGUGAAUUUUACUAUUAAAUUUGAUAUAAGUUUUUUAAUUAAAUAUUCAAUUUGAUGAUAGAUUGCUUUUACCUCAUUUAAGCCCAAAAUGCCAGAGUAGGAGAGUUGUGCAAGAUCACACUUAAAUUAGCUAACUCAAAGCUAGUUCACACAGAUUAAAAUUAGCUGGUACACAUUUACAGGUGAAGACAAGUACUAUUUAUCCCUAUACUGCAGAGUCAAGCUGCAGUGGUGCAGACAGUUAAGCUGAGGUGCCAUUUCCAGUGACUGAACUUGUAAAGUCAUAAGAGUAAAGAGUCUGGUUUUAGAGCUUAAAGCACUUUUAACAGCUAAUCAGCUUGAAGCAAAGUCACCGGUGUAAACUUAAGCUCAGGUGCACAUUCAUUUUCAGGCGCAUUGCCAAGUGGGUCUACUACACUGACAAGUAAUUUGUUUAUGUGCAAAGCUGUAAACAGAAUAGUAAAUAGAGGCAAUGUGCCUGUUCAAAAAAAAAAAAGAAAAUAAACGAGACAAAAAUUAGUAAGAGUUAAAAACAGAUUUCAAGAAAUAUGCCAUACUUGGAAUGAAAGAGCUGAGUGGUUUAUGCGCUAGUAUACAGCAUGACGUGCAAGCACUAAUGUUGUGUAGAGUGUUGUAGUGAAGUCACCAAAACCUUAAGCCAGAGCUGUCUCAAGACCACAGUGUUCAAAUCUGAGUCAGUUCCGAGUCCUUAUUACAUGUCCCGGUUACCUGAGGAUGAAUAAGAAGGAAUGCUCACUCAUUUUGUUCAUUACCAUCAGAUUCUGACUGAUCCUGCUGACAUGUCUGGAUAUUUUAGAUAACAAUAAAGUGAUAGAGCUGAACAGUAGUGUAUGAAAUUUGAGUAUGAAAGUGCAUCGCGCCUCUCCUAAUGGGAAAAUGCACUCACCAUUUCUGUCCAAUAAAAUCACAUGCAACCCACUGGCUAUUAGUCAGAAUUUUAAUUGUGUUGCAUGUGACAUGCCCAGGAAAAGUGCAAAAACAAACUGGUUGUCUGAUGAUAAAAUAAAGCCCUAAAAUGGUGAAUUUUGACACUUACUGCAGCAGUUCAGUCCAGCUUCUACUCUAGUCCACCAGCUGAGCUAAGUGGGAUUCCCUGUGGAAGUAAUACACUUACUAUUGACAGAUACCCCAAAUAACCCCACUCCAAUAAACGGCAUUACCCCUAUAAGCAUCCCUGCAGGAGUUGUUGCAUAUGUCAGCUGCUUUGAAUUUGAUCAAUUUAAGACCUAAUACAAACUAGGGCCCCGUUGGGGCACUGGCGGGCCCGAGCUGUGUCACGCCGCCCCCAACACGACCGCCUCUCCCUCCCGAUCGCGUCACACUCAAGGUUCAACGAUGGUGUGCGCACUUGUCUGUGGUCAUUUACCAUUAUAAUGAAUGGGAGGCGCAGUUUCUACCAAAACACUUGCUGCAGACAAACUACAUGUCCUAUUUGAAAAAAGUCUGGACCAUGAGUGAGGGCACAAACACAGCUAGGAUAUAUCCAAAUGGCAAGUUCCUCCUCCUUUCGUUUUUUUCCGAGAGAGCGAUGUGUUUGAGCCAUUGAGCGAUGGGCAGGAAAAACUUGACUUUUUCUCCUGCCAUGGGGGGGGCACUCUUUUGGGGAGUAAAAAUUCCUUCACAAAUGUGUUGAUGGCUAGACAUUGCAUCAUCCUAGAAAACUUUGAAGCCAGUGAGGACAAAAAUGAAAAGUAAUAAGACUUUUAAGAAUGUGGAUUUUUGGGUUAUCUUUGGCGCCCCCUAGAACGUAAACCGUGGGGUGCAGCAUCAUGAUUUGUACAACUUUUAAUGGCCAUGGGGUGUAGAUUGGCCUGAGCAAAUUUGGUGCCGGUGGAACGAAAGCUUUAGGAGGAGUUAGCCACAUUCCAAUGUGUGCGAAUCAACCAAAAAUGCGAAAUAGCCCUUUAACCGUACAUUUUGCAGACACGUGCGCAUUGACUUUUUCGUAGAUCUUAUUGAGAUACACGUGAUUAUAAAAUUUUGUUUCAAUAUGACAAAGCGUACAGGCGUGACACUCAACAAUGUGUAUUUUCACCUUAUAGGACAAGAAAAAAUGGCCUUUUUUCUCCUGCCAUGGGGGGCGCUCUUUUGGGGAGUAAAAAUUCCUUCACAAAUGUGUUGAUGGCUGGACAUUGCAUCAUCCUAGAAAACUUGGAGGCCAGUGAGGACAGAAAUAAAAAGUUAUAAGACUUGUAAGAAUGUGGAUUUUUGGGUUAUCUUUGGCGCCCCCUACAACGUAAACCGUGGGGUGCAGCGUCAUGAUUUGUACAACUUUGAAUGGCCAUGGGGUGUAGAUUGGCCUGAGCAAAUUUGGUGCCGGUGGAACGAAAGCCUUUGGAGGAGUUAGCGAAAUUCCAAUGUGUGCGGAUCGGCAAAAAAUGCGAAAUAGCCCUUUAAACGUACAUUUGACAGAUACGCCCGCACUGACUUUUUUGUAGAUCUUAUUGAGAUACACGUGUGUGUCAAAUUUUGUGUCAUUUUGACAAAGCGUACAGGCGUGACACUCAAUCAUGUGAAUUUUUCACCUUAGGGGGCGCUAUGGAGCCAUUUUGCAUUUGAUUGUUUGGGUGACUUCAGAAUAUCGAAUUUUUCACCAGGCCCGGUCGUCCUGCCAAAUUUCAUGAGUUUUCACCAGUGGGAAGUGGGCCAUUUUCCAGUUCAAAGGGGCAGAAAAAUAAUAAGAAGAAGAAGAAGAAGAAAGAAGAAUCCAUCAGGAAUAAUAGGGCUCUCGCAGCUGCUUAGCAGCUACGCUCGGGCCCUAAAUAUAUCAAUAGAUAGAGAACACAAUCCAUCAAAAUCAUCUUCUGGUUCUCCUUGUCAUCUUCUAAGUCAAAUACAGUCAGAGCACUAGUAUGGUUAUGAGUCCAGGACUCAGGGUCUGCAACAGUAGUGUGUUGUAGACAGACAACAACCACGAUAAAGUAAAUGUAAGAUUGGAUACUGUAUAAAGGUAAUUUAAAGAUGGGGUGUUUGUUUUUUGCCACAUUCUACAAACAGAGAUUGAAUAGAAAAUUUCAGAAGCCAUUGCUUAACAUGGGCAAAGUUUAAGAUUGUGAGGUAAAUAUGUGUUGGAUAAAUCCCAGGAUGAGACUACAGGAUGAAACGGCUCCAAAUGUCUCAGCCAGAAUGUCACAUGAUGAUUACGUCAGCGGGACAUGAGAUUUCCUCAAAUUGUGACAUCAUUGAUUGGUUUAUCUCUUGGAUGAGCACAAUAAACGUAGCUUAAUGCUAACUGAAACACCCUGAUCUCUUUUUUCCCCUCUUAGACUGUCUAGGUCAGAGGACAUAUGACUUUGUUACAGUAUUUGCCGUUUUAAUAGAUAAACGUGACUUAAUUGGAUUGCAACAGUGGAAGAGGCUUCAAGAGUGCUGAUGGAAGAGCCUGUAAGAGAUAGCAGAUGAAAUGAAGCAUUUCAGGCAGAGGCUAAAUGAUGGUUUUUAGAGACAGCAGCCUGAGAAAGGUGAAGAGUUUUUGAGCACUAAAUCGUGUAAAUCUACAGAGAUACCAAAGGGACGAUAAAAAGCCUGAAAAUGGAAAUACUCUGCUCACCAAAUCCAAAAUAUUUGAGCCAGGAAAACAAAGGGAUGGAUUGUUUUAUUUUAUGACACAAGUCAUAAGAUACUCUACUGUCACUGUAAGUUUAGAACAACUCUUUAAUGGUGAUAAUCAGCCUGGCAGCAACAGAAAUAAAAAUAGAAACACACCAGCAGAGCAGAUACAAGCAGAUACUAGCCACAGAGCUUCAAUUUUGACCAGGGAUAUUAUUGUCAUUUGAUUUAAUUAGAUUGAUUUUGAAAGAAAAAAAAAAGAUGUCGUACAAGAAAUAUUUAUAAUACAUACAAUACAAAGCAUGGUGCAAUACAAGAUAAUCAAACACCUGAUUAUUUCACAUGCAUGUUCGAAAAAGAGUAGGGAGGACUGAUUUACUAAAUCCCACACCUUUUCCAUACAUCACUCUUUAUUUAUCAACCAGCUUCCUUGUAGAGUAACACAAACUCCACUCAGCUUUUUAACACAGUUUUAUAGUUUUAAUCAUCAUCUUUUUUUAAUGAAAACAGUUAAAAAAAAUAUAUAAGUUUCUAUUUUAUAAUUUCUUUACAUAUAUAUUUAUUUCAAUUUUAAAUGAAAUAAAUCUGUAUCAACAUAUAUGAAAUCUCUACAGAUAGAAUCAUCUGUUCAAAAGGUGAUACAUUUAGUAAGUGCACCCAAGGAUCAAGUUUAAAUUUUGACUAAAGAUUUUUUGUAUUGGUGAGAAACCAAAUUCAAAGAUAUGACAGAAAGUUUCUGUUAAUGCAUAUUGGCUCCAAAUACAGGCGGUCAGUGUCUUGAACUACUAACAGACAGUAUUGUUGCCGGCUUUGGAUAAGAACAAUAUCAGUUGACUGAUAGACAUGGUCUUUAGUGGCUUAUUAGUAGUGUGUGAGUGUGUGCACAGGAGGAACGGGGCUGGUGAUGGUGUUAAUUGAGGUUUUGAUUGUGCUAAAAAUUCAAAAUUAAAGAGGUAAAAUAAAAAACGGGAAUAGCACAAUAAGGCAGAAAAAAAACCCUGAAAACUGUGAGAGGAUUUCAUGUGACACUGGUUGUUAGUUUUAAGAUUAAAGAUAGGAAAGACUUUAAAUGAUGAAACCUUUGCUCUGCCAGUUAGUCCUAGUCCUGGAGGACAGGCCUAAUGAGCUUGGCCUAAUCGUGGAAGUUGCUGUUUGAUUAUCUUAGAGCCCACGUGACACAAAAGCAGAGAGGCAGUGCCAGAGAGCGAGGUGACCAAUAAGAGCAACUCAGCAUAAAAAGAUCACAGGUCAGACUACACAGUGGGUAAGUCCUAAUUGAAUUUCCUCUUUGGCAAAUUACAACCGAAAGAAAUAGUCCAAAUGACGUCAUACACACCCUCUUGCUCACUCACUCUCUCCAUCUGUCUCACACACACACUAAUGAUCAGUGUAAGCUGAUUGGAGAAGCUAAGCUGAUAGGGAGCUUCUGAUCUGAGCGCUGACGAGUCUUAGAUUAUACAUGGAUACUGUAAAGACCCAAUUAACCACCUUACUUCCUCCUGUAUUUUUACACAUCUGCUAUUUUUGCAUUGACCACGUGGUGUUUGUUUUCCAAGUCAAAGUAUCAACCAACUGACCCCUCGCUGCCCCUAACUCACGUCUAAGUAGCUCAGCUUUUUCUGGUCAUGAUUUGAACCAGAAAUGUAAAGACUCAUGAAUGCAAGUUGCAGAAUAAAUAAAGAAACUGCACAACAACCUACACAAAAUACACAAAUGAUGUAGUUCCAGGAAAAAAAAGUAAAUUCUCCAAAAAACAAACACAGCAGAAUCCUGAAAUUAAAAACAGUGAACAUACACGACUUACACAAUCAACACGAAAUCAAAAACACAAACCUUGAAAAUAAAUUACAGAAAGAAGCUGCUCAUCCAGUAUAGAUAUCAGGGGUCCUCCAAGCCUCUAGGGGUGGCUAAGCAGGAAGACAGACAGACAAACAGAAAGAAAGAAAGACUUGACAGGAAAUGUAACAAAUUAGCUGCUCAUGAACAGGAGGCAAAAAUAAACUAGGGUGGAAACACAAAGAACUGCCAUUCUCCAAGUGUCCACUAGAGGCAAUCUGCAAAUUGGCUGGUUGCGCUAGCUCUGCUAGUGUUAGCCACACAUUGAGCAAACCAUAACACACUGUUUACCUACAUACUCUGUGAUCCUGUGUUUAGCUUUGUUGAACAAAGGGUUAAUAUUUUUUCUUUUUUCUGUUUUUGUCUGUUCAAACAAGUAAAGAUUCAGUCACUCUGGAUCAUUCCUAGUUGUUGGCAUCAAGUUCAAAAUGGGCACAUCGUUUCACUAAACCAAUAAAAAUAUGUGUGUGUUAUUCAUACACACAGCGUCUCCCUUUCUUUGGUGGUUGAUUGUUUAACAGAUAAGAAGACCAAAAAAAAAAAAACACCAAACUUUUUCAGCAAUAAAGAACUCAUAAUAAUAGUGUUUUAAAGUUUUCUAACUAACAUACCCACUGUGACUGUUGUCAUAAGGAAUCGUACAUUUUGACGACUACAUUUGGACCUUUAGCGUAGCCUUUCUGAAUGUUGGCCAGUCCAACACCAAGGCAGCACUGUGGUGAUCCAAAAUCCCCGGUAUCCAAAGUGAAGCUAAUGCGAGACUUGGUACUAUUUUUAGACGGCAGGUCGCCGUGUCCCCCACUUCUUACAACACAAUUACAACUCAUCUGAAUGAAACACAAAACUCUGUGUGUGUGUGUGUGUGUGUGUGUGUGUGUGUGUAUGUGAUGAAUGAUGUAAUCGUCUGACAAUAUUUUCGAGGCUUAUCAAUCUCUCAUUCUCUUUCUUUUCUCUCUCUCUCUCUCUUUCUCUUUCUCUCUGACCUGCAGUAGUGGAGGUGAAGAGCAGCCUCCCGUCAGGCAUGCAGAGCCCUGUAGGAACAGCGAAUGAGCAGAGAGGAGGAGGUGGUGAAGGCGGUGAGUGGGGAGUCCUCUGAGAGUCCUUGGUGGGGUGUUGGGGGGUUGUUAUAAAACCACAUUUAGUUUAGUGUGUCGAUGCUUCCUGGUUCGAGUUCUGCACUCUCCGGGUCCAGUGGAAUAUAUGAAUUUACCUCGCCCAAGUGGAUUAGCGAUUUGGUCACACCAAACUCCAUUUAAAGAAUUAGCAAUUAAAAUGUUGUCUGCUUGUCUUACUCAGUGGUGAUCUGAAAUGUAAUAUGUACAAUGCAGUCCAAUGUAGAAAAUGGACAUUUAAGGGGAAACAAUGAAGAAGACAGAGUUGUUUACCAACAAAUGAAAACAAUUAUUGAUCUCAAAUCCAUCACUUCUUCUCCAGGUGGGGGUCCAGGUGGAGGAGGAGGCCCAGUGGACCUGAGGACAGAGCCCAGGGUGGGGUCCCUUCCUGGGGGCGGCGCAGUAGAUACGUCCCUGAGAGAGCAGCAGCUCCAGCAGGAGCUGGUGCUUCUCAAACAGCAGCAGGAGCUCCAGAAACAACUGCUGUUUGCAGAAUUCCAGAAAAAACACGAAGUGCUGACGAGACAACACGAAGUGCAACUGCAGGAACACCUGAAGGUAGCCUGUCAGGUGUGAUUCACUCAUUUAGAAAGGUGUAAAACUGUUCAAUAUACACAAGACAGACAUACACUCACUGCCACCUGUUGUUUGUAAGUUGAUUGCACUAACAGUGCUUCUGCUGGUUUGUUUUUCCUAAGUUAGUAAAAUGUUUGUGUUUGUGUUUGUGUUUGUCAGCAACAACAGGAGCUGUUGGCAGCGAAGCGUCAGCAGGAGCUGGAGCAGAAGAGGAAACUGGAGCAGCAAAGACACGAAGAGCAGGAGAAACACCGACUGGAGCAACAGCUGCUGCUGCUGAGGAACAAGGAGAAAGGCAAAGAGAGUGGGUCACUCUGCUGAAUUUUACCUCCAUGUUCAUCUUUGAUCUGAGUCUGAAAAACAGUCAUGUACUCUCUGUCUCUCUCUUUGAUGUGUUUCUGAAGGUGCUAUUGCGAGUACAGAAGUGAAGCUGAAGCUGCAGGAGUUCCUCCUCAGUAAGAAAGAGCCUGGUCCCGGAGGGCUGAACCAUUCCUUCUCCCCAAAGUGCUGGUGAGGAUCACACAGAGCCCGGCCUUCCUCUGGGCCGAUCCGACACAUUUCUAAGACAUUACAUCACAUUUCAAAUCACCCUGGAACUGUAGUCCUUUAGAUAGUCUGUGUGGUGUUGUUUUCAUACAUGUUUUUAUUUCUAAUGUACCACAAAACUUAAACUACACAAUGUUUCUGUUACAAUGGUCACUGUGGCAGAUUAAAAGAUCGCAGAGCCAUUAUAUCCUACACAACCAGACACUAAAAAGAAGCGGAGACAGACUAGACAAUACCUGAAAAUGCUCAAAGCAGUUACUCAUCAGUCUGCUGAAGUGCGUCUGCUUUGUCUCGCCAACACUUCUUUUCAUUUUCAGUCUGGUUGUCCCUCAAAGACACAUCAUGACGGCGGGGAUGUUGUUUCCAGAGCUUGACAAACUUUCCUUUUUCUCAUAGUUUCAUCCCUCAGUGCCAACUUCAGAGGGUUGUUGGUUUGUCAAAAAAUGUCAUACUGCAAGCUGCCUCAGGUGGCCUGAUGCUCUGGUAAACUAACUGUAUUAUUAUUAGUUCAGACAGUACCAUCAGGUCACACUAUGACUGUCUCUUCCCCUAACUGGAGGGGUUAACUAUCCCUGAUUGGAUAACCAUUGGAUAACAUGACACGAUGGUGAUUGGCUAGUCAGCUCGGGUGUAAAUACAGGGUCAGUAUUUAUACUCCUCACUCAGGGAUUGCAGCCGAGACCAUCAGGGUCUGGACGUUUAUGCGUGUGUCACUCAAACUUAAGAACCUCCAGUGUUAAGAAAAUCCUUCGGCACAUAUUUUGCAUACAUGCUGGCGAUGGAAAUUGUAAGCAUUGUCUGCAUCUGAAGUUUGUUUUGUUUUUAGUCAUUUAACCCUGUUUUUUUGUGUAUUGUUUAUAUAUUGUAUGUUUUUAGACAGAUUAACUGUAAAGCGAACUCCAGCUCAGCAGUUAUGUUUUGCAUGAGGUCAAAUAAACUUAAAAACUAAACUAAUCCACCCUGAGCAGAGCACUAUGUAGCAUUUGGCAAGUGACGAGGUAAAUCUUCCUUCAAUAGGCAGAAAGCUUAAGCAGAGUUAGACUUGUAGAAGACAGCCCUCUGCCUUAAAGUCAUAAGACUGUUAUAAAUCCAGCCUGUUCACUCGCUUUUGUGUGUCUGUGCAGGGGAGCCCCACACACCUCCCUUGAGCAAGGCUCUCCACCUCAGAGUAACACUCCUGGAACCCCUCCAUCCUACAAACUGCCCCCCCUGCUGGGCAACUAUGAGGGCAAAGACGACUUCCCUCUCCGCAAGACAGGUAGGAGACAAGAGGAAGUGUGUGUGAGGGUGCUUUAAUGUUUAUAAGAAAGAAAAAUAAACAUUGUACAGAAUCUGUUGAAGAUAACUAGACAUGAAGACACAUCUUUAUUCCCAUGUAAGUCCUGAAUUCAAAUGCAGGUCAAUAAAAGCAUAUCAGAUUUGAACUAUCCUAAUCCAGCAAGAAAAACAAAUUAAGAGCUUAGCUGUCAAAUCAGAUCACUCCUCAUCUGGCAUGGCUUCAUAAAGUGAAAGGGUAAUCGGUGUCAAAACAUUCGGGUUUUGGAUUCAGCGCAGUCGGAUACGGAUCAGGAAGCUAAACCGAUAAAAACUGGAGGUGUUUUCCUCUUCCUGCUUUUUGCUCUCAGCCUGUAGCUGCAGCUGGGAUUACUCGGCAGCUGGUGCUCCAGAAACGCCUGAUAGUCUCCUGUUGGCGUUACACAGAAACAUUGAGCACCUGAAGAAACAUUAAACGCAACCUAUAUCAAAACAAACACAACCUAAGAAUAGAGCUGAGAGACAAAGCAAAACAAUCUGAUUGGGCUUAGUUUUUUCUGUAUCAUACUAGAGUGAUAGUUUUAGUAUAUGAGUCAAUAUUCUGCCUGAUUUUUCGAUGGUGUUCUCUUCUUCAGAAUUCAGGUGUUUGUCCUGUUAAAGAUGUGAUCGCUAUUGUUGUUCAAAUACAAAUUUAUGUUCCCCCAAUAUCUCUCGUCUAGUCUCUGAGCCAAACCUGAAGGUGCGUUCACGGUUGAAGCAAAAAGUGGCAGAGAGGCGGAGCUCCCCACUCCUCCGCAGGAAGGACGGCACCGUUAUCAGCACCUUUAAAAAGAGAGCCAUAGAGAUAUCAGGUAAAAACAUGCACACAUAAGAGCUCCUACAGUUUUUCUGAGAGAGCGGCAAAUUUGAUAACAGACAAGACAGCUCAGUUCUGCUGUUUCUGUCUUUAGAGUCUGUAAAAGUCUCAGUAUAUAAAUAAACUAAAGAUUGAUCCCUGCUCUCUUUCCCUUUUUGUUUCCUGUGUCUCUCGCCCAGUGUCCUCUCUCUGUAACAGCGCUCCAGGUUCAGGUCCCAGCAGUCCAAACAGCUCAAAUUCAGCCAUCGCAAACGGCAACACAGGAUCUGUGCCCAACAUACAGACAGAGGUACACACAAGAACGUACACCAUAUCAUUAAAUAUGUAAUCGUCUCCUCAUUUUUAAGAUGUACACUUACAGUUUGGUGUGGUGUGAAAAAAGUCGUUUCAGAAACUAAACAUUCGAAUUCUAUCCAGGUAGAACUGAAACUAACAUGUAAAAAAGCCUCAACUAACCAUAUGAAGUCUCUUUCUUGAGGUGUUUCUGGCAAAAACUGAUUACAAAGUCAGUCUUUGGAAAGGUGUUACACUGAUUUGUUGGGAAAUGUGACAGUUACAGUGAGGACUAGUUAAUCCAACGAUCUGAAGCGUUCAUAACACUUGUUAUGGUUUGUGAAACUUCCUGAAAGAUGUUUUUUUCCAGCUCGGAUGUUAACAUGCUGUCAUCCCAGAAUGUUUAGGAAAGUUUAUCAACCAUUGGACAGCUUCCUAUACAGAUCGUAUUUCAUGCUGAUGCAAAUCCUCCAGCUGGACCACCUCUGAAACCGAGCUGAAAGCAGAAACAGUCAAAACUGAAAAAGAUUUCUUGUUUACACUGAUAAACUAUAAAAAUAUUGCAUAUUUCACUUCGAACAAACAAAGGCUAGUUUUGCAUGAGACAGUGUCAUUCAGGGCUCACAGUGAAGGUUAGAAGCUGUGGUUAAAGCUCGGGUGUUUAAUUAUUGACCCUUCAGACUGAUAUUGCCAAGAUUUCACAGGACAGGGCCUCCAAACUCAUCAGUCUGUCUGUCUGUUUUCUUCUCUGCAGCUGAGGUCUCUUCAUCAGACACUGGGGGCUGAUGGGACAUUGAGUCCUCUGAAUCUCUACACCUCACCCUCUUUGCCAAAUAUUUCCCUGGGCCUCCCUGCAAACACACACAUCACGGUAGGUCAUCACAGAUCUUCUUUUGCAGUGAUUUUCUUAUAAAAUCUUGUUCUUCUCCUGAAUUUGAUUAAAAAGCUCUUUCUGUGCAAAUAAAAGUGACUUUCACAGUUUGACACAGUUUUAUUCUGCCCUGAUGACCAUCUGCUCCCUCCUCGCAGGGCCCUCAGAAACUGUCCAGCCAGCAAGAAGCUGAACGUCAAGCCAUCCAAUCACUGCGAGGGGGCGGGGCUCUUACAGGGAAGUUUCUGUCAACAUCCUCGCUACCUGCAGGUAAGAGUACCACAUGUCAUUACUUUUGAGAUAGCUUUAUAUGUAAAUUUUUACAAUCCCAAUCCCCAAAAAGUUUUGACCUUGUAUAAAAUAUUGAUAGAAAAACAAAAUUUGAUGGUUUUCAUUCAUUCUGUUUAUUCUCAAAAGGACAUAUAGGUUUCCCUUAUUUACAUUAUCACCAUGAUUACAUGUACAUUUAAACGAUUCUAACUCAAAACUCCUUUUUGAAUAUACGGACAAUAGUUUUAAUCAAAUGGUGUUUCUUCACAGGUGUGGGGCAUGAUGUGGAGACUCCGCCCCCCAGCUCUCAUUCUGCACAUUCCUCGUUACUGCAGCAUGUUUUACUGCUGGAACAGGCCAGACAACAGACUGCAAUGUUAGCAGGUGUGUAAAUCAAACGCACAUGCCCACAGCAUAAAAAAAUCACACUUUGAGUUUGGCUUUUAUCAUCUUACGGAGACUAACUUUUGUCUUUCUGCUUUAAACGCAUUAGUCCCCAUGUACAGUCAGUCGCCCUUGGUUACAGCAGAGAGAGGCGUGUCCAGCGGCAUCCGGUCGGUCAACAAGCUGCCUCGGCACCGCCCGUUGGCUCGGACGCAGAGUGCUCCUCUGCCCCAGUCGCCCCAGGCCCUGCAGCAGCUAGUGGUCCAGCAGCAACACCAGCACUUCCUGGAGAAACACUACAAGGUACACACACUUACUCACACACACAAAUACACAGACUCAAAUGUGCAAAUUUUCAUUCACUCUGUUCUUAUGUUGUGUGUAGAUGCUUUCAAAGGGGGCGGAGCUUCCUAGGCCGCCACCCACUCAUCCAGAGGAGACAGAGGAGGAGCUAACAGAGACCAACGACAUGCAGGAAGAUGACAUCGGGACGAGCCUACACAGGUGGGAAAAUUUUCAAUGAUAAAUCAGUCACCUUUGCUGAUCAGCUUAUUGAUCUGAUUAUAAGACGAUGUCAAAAUCAAAUUUUGUGAUAAUACAGACAGCAGUUGAAUUAAAAAUGAAUAGAUUUGUUAGAAUGAGUUUAACAACAAAGCUGAUUCUGUCAUUUUUUUAUUAAUAAAAAAUUCCGGUAGCUUUAGUGAAUUUUAGUCACAGUUAAAUGAAAUGAAAAAAGAUGCUGUGUUUAAAUGAAACCCCCAAGAAUGGGUGUCUAGAAGGAGCACACAUCUGCUGACACUAGAAUAGGCUGAAUGGGACAACCUUAUAUAAAACAUUUCUGACUUUGAUGUCUCUGUGCUGUGUGAAGACUGUGAAGUCUGCCUCGGGUUACUCCUGCCUCUCACUGGACCUCUAUGGUCAGCUGAUUGCAGAUAUAGCCUUUGAUUGGUUGAUAGACCAAAACAAAGCUGGUAGUCCUCAAUGAGCAUAACAAACUGUCAAUCAAACUAACAUUAUUUAAUGAAAACGGAAGUAUUAAUCAUCACAGAUUACCUUUGUUUUGAGCAGAUCAGUCCAGACAGUCUCUUAAAAAACACUGAUUAAAAAAGACCCUGGAUGUGGGUAUUUCAAGGACGGUCUCACAAAGUGAGUGGAUUUUACCAAAAGAGGCUUUACUGUACCAUACUAGUUAUAGAGCUGAUAUUGUAAGAACAAGAUUUAGUGUUCAGUAGCAUCUAUCAAAUUAAUCACAGAAUUAAUCAUUAAAUCAUAAACAUUACGUUAUUGGACGAUCGUGCUUAUUUUGGUUGUAUUCAGAGGAGAAGAAGUCUGUUCCAUGUUUAGUUCAGUUCUCGUUGUUGUUGCUAUGAAUCUGAGGGUCAUAUAUUUUUCUGUCCAAUCAGGCUUCAGAAAGAGGGAUCCGACGAUAGCACGCCCUCCUCAGAGCGACUUGGCGUGCAGGUAAAAGGUGAAGACGAGCACGGGGAUAUUCAUGUGAAGGGGGAGAGCACUGAGAGCGAGCUGGACGAAGAGGAAGAGGAUGAAGACAUCAUCCAGCUGAGGGAGGGUGAUGGAGAGGACAGAGGUGGCUACACACAGGUAGGUUUUUUUUAAAGCAGGGUUUUUUUUUGUUUGUUUGUUUUUUUUUAAGGAGGAUGAAUAUGCUGCAGUCUGCUGUUUGCACACCAAAAGAUGCCAAUGUGCCUCUGCAGCUCCAAAUCUGCUCACACUGAAAAAUAUGCCAUGGUGCUGCUCAGUUAAUAAAAAAAAGAUGCUACAGUUUGAGACGCAUAUUUGUGUUUGGUAAAAUAAAAAAUAGAAACCAGAUAAAAUAUCACAUGUGGUGUGAACAAUUGAAAUAAUUAGAAUAAUAAAAAGGCAGAAUUACAGAAAAAAGGAGCACUUAAAAAUAGUUACUGAUGUGUUCUUGCAUAAUGGAAAAGGUAAAGAGAUAAAAAUAAAUAAGAAAAUAUUUCAUGAAAUUAUUUAAAACCAGACUGAGUGGACAGGGUUUUAGUUUACAUUUAAAGAAACGUUGAAAUAGCUGUCUUAAUAACCUGGAGAAAUAUCGGAAAGAUUUUUCCUCACGCUUCAAAAAAAUGUUGAACUACAUCGCUAAACUAGAUGGAUAACUGUUAAAAAAAGCAAUAUGGAUAAAUUGUUAAAAUGGUUGUGGAACACAGAAAAUGAUUGGUUGUAACACUGAGUAAAAAGUUGAGUGCUUUUCUUAAUAGAUGAAUGGUCAAAAAUAUAACUUUAUCAUGACAGCUAAUUGCUCCGAAAACUUAACUACAUUAUGGAUGUUGGUUUAAAACUGCUGGUAAAACAAGAUGGAUACAGAUAUGAAACAGUCAGAUAAAUGUAAAGAACUGACUGGAAUAGCUAGUUUCAACAAAAAAGAUCACAUAGUUUAAAUCGGUUGAUAUAAUAGAGAAAGGGUUAACUUAUAUAGUGGAUAAGAGUUUGAAAUCAUAGUUGAACAUCGUGAAUCAGUGGUGCAAAAACAUCUGAACACAAAGAUAUGCCUAACAAUGAAAUAGUUUGCCAAUCUGUCCUAUUACCAUUUUGGUGGUUUUUCAAGUGAGAUUAUUAGCGAACUUUUAAGCGAUCUUGUAAGUGAUCUCUUGCCCCCCAUGAUUCAUUAUUUUAAUUGUAGAAAGUAGCAAAGCAGAGAUAAAUCAAAUGUAUGCCUCUGUCUCUUAGUAUACAUAUCAUCAACCCUAAACACAGACUGGAAAUUGAUGGUUUGACUGAUUAAAGGAGCUCAUCAGAUGGGUUGUGGGGGCACAUCGGAUCAUAAAAGGUGAGCCAGAUCUGCUCUCAGGUCCCAGGUCUCAGCCGCAAUCUCGGGGCAUUUUGAUUACGCAGCUUCAUCACGGGGAAACACACAAGCUCUCCUGAGAUCUCGUUUAGUCUCGUGAGAAAUAUCAGUAAUCUCGCAACCGCUUUUCCUCCAACGGGGGAGGUGGAUCAGAUCCGGUGGGCACUGUAUGCUUGCGGAACAGAGCCAUUAUGGAUCCAGUGGGAUUCCUUGGUAUUACACCCUGAACUGCUUUAUUUUUUCAGUUUUAGUUAUGCCAGUUUUACCCCAAACAAAUGAAAAUGAACCAAGCUGAUUUGCAUUGUGGGUAAUAUAGUCUUUAUACAAAUUUCAAUAAUUUUGGUGUCCUGCGAUCUGAAGUUAGACAAAUACUGUGCCACCUGCUUUGAUGGUAGAGAGAGGGGAGAUGGUGUAGCACGGCCAGGGGGAGGAGCAGAAUGGUCACCUGUGUGUUAGUAAAACAGAGGAACAAAGUGAGCAUGAAAAGAGAAAAGCUGAUGACUGUUAGCUAAAGACUCAUUUAUACUUACAAGAUGUGUUGACUGCAAAGCACAGAGAAGAAGAAUUAAAUGGGUGCAAAGUUCAAAAUAUAUAGUCCUGUUAAAGACUUGUGUAACAUGACUGUUAAUUUUCAACUUUGUGUGAAUAAAAACAAAUAGAUAGACAGAAAUAUUCUCGUAAAAGUGCUGUAGACCUUUUCUAGCAUAAUGUUCAUUAAAAUUCAUUGAAAUGAUUAUUAUAUGAGCAUACGAAUGUUUUAACUCGGUUGUUAAUUAAAAUGUUAGGUUUUAUCUUGCAAGACAGUAGAGGAUAGAGUUUGAAGUUAUGAUAGUGAAACUGAUCAUAGAUUAAAGGGCCUUUUUUUUCCUUCAGUCUGUUCAAACUGUAUUUUUAAAUAGAUACAAACAACUUUAAAUCAAUAUUAAGAUUGUGGAUGGGUAAUAAGCAGGAUAAUACACAGUGAAUGGGUAAUUAUGUGAAUUUGAAUCCUGAGGGGAUGAGCCUUUCAUUUUUUUGUCAUGGUGCAAGAUAAGUAGCUAACUAACUUGGCACAAUCUAAUCUUGUUAUGCAAAACAACCUCUGGAAAGGACUCACAGCCUUUGUCCUGGGCUAGGGCUGUUGCAAUGAACCAUUACUAACAAUAAAUGUGUUUUCAUGUAAAUGAAAUGUUGAUGUCCUGAUGAAAAUGAGCAUACAGAGCUCAUGGUUGUAGUUUUAGAAGCUGAUUCCCACAUGUUGUAAAAUGGAGAAGACACAGUUAGAAGCUGCCAGCAGGCUAGCUAAAGCAGCCCUCUGAGACACUUUUAAAUGCCGACAUUCACAGAUAAAAACAACAUUAGCGCUGGUACAUCUGAGGGUUACUAAUAGAUUAGAAAUUUUACUUUCUGAUCAAUCUUAAAACAGUUUUUUAUUUUUCAGUUCCAUAGUUUAUGAUCUGCUGGAAUAACAUGACAGUCGGUGAAGCAUGAAGCAAGUGAAACAUUUUGAGUCACAGGGCUGAAAUGUGGGGACAUGAAACGGGUGAUGACAUGGGAGUUAAUUAAUUUUUUCUGUGAAGUUUAUUGAGUCAUGUGUUGCUCCAGUCUUGUCUCGCCUAUUUCAGUUAGACUGAUUUUGUUGUUUCAUUUUCAAGUUUUCCCAAAACAUUGCAAUAAUACUGUUAUCAUGAUUCCUAAUGGCCACGGGGUGAGGAUGAAUUAAAUCAAUUAAAAGUCUAAAUGAAGUCAAUGUCUAAAGUCAGGAUUUUUAGAAAGUGCAGCAUGAUUUCAAACGCUGUCUCCCACUUCUUCUAAACUCCUGUCCUGUUUUGAUCCUCCGUUAUUGUCACCUCAUCACAGCUAAACUCACACGUCUGACUUUAUUGUUUACUGUGGGUGUUUGUUUCUUUUUGAGAAAGCUGCAGCUUUCAUUUCAGAGGAGGGUUGAAUGAAUCAAUCCAAAAUGUAAAGUCACAUUGACUGGAUGAUUUUCUUGUUUUUGCUCACAAAAGUACAGACUGAGUCAUCGGAAGAAGCUUUGACAUUUUACAGGAACAGGAAAAGGUGGGAUUUGAAUAUGAAAUUGAACAACACUUCAGUUUUUGACACCUACUUGCGACACUUUUUUGACAAACAUACCCCGAGUAUAGAAUCUAGAAGGAUUUUUUUUGUACAUGCUAAGUUUUUGUAACCGGAAACACACACUGACGUUUCUGCACAAAGAUAAAAACUCCUUGAAGACACACACAGCAUGAAACAAGAGCCUGCUUCAGGUGUCAAGGGGAACUUGACCGUCACACACACACACACACACACACACAAUUGUUGACGCUGCAGUGACAUCACCGGUUGGUGACUCAACCACUGGACUCAUCAGUGUGUGUGUGUGUGUGUGUUCUUGUAUGUCUAUCUUCAAUUGUGUCAGUGUGUGUGUGUGUGUUAAUGUCCACCCACUCAUGAUGAGUCACAGAGAUCGCAGCAGGGAGCACAGCAACACCCCCUAUAUAUAGACACUUCAGAAUCUAUGUGUGUGUGUGUGUGUGUGUGAUUCUGCGGAGCACACAUACACUAAUCAAACACACACACACACACAGAGGGAUUUUUAGGGCUGUCAGUCAUGAGAGAUGUCGUAAAUGUGAAGCAGCAGUGUUUUUAUCAAUGAAAGGAUUGUUCAACACGAUAAUAUAUCCUCAGGGAGUGACGGUGAACUUUUAAAGGUGAGAAAACACCUCCAGGACUUCUUCCUCUGUGCACUGCAUCGUUUACAGUCCAAUUAGCAGCUGUGUUUGGUUUCAAAGUAAAGCAACAGAAUCAGUCAAAUUCUGAAACAAGCAAGAAAAGACUGGGGCAACAUGUUACUUCCUUUACUUUACAAAUAAUCCCGCCUGACUUAACGCGACACGAACUGAAAAACAGCUAUUCACUCCAAUUGAUGCAUGCACCACAGCGUACAUCCUGCCACUCAGCCUAUAAUUAGAUUUCUCCUCUUUUUCGUGUGUUUUAUCCAAAAAAAAAGCCAAAAUUUACAACUGAAUUAGUUUUAAUCAACAACAAUGUUCAAUAGUCUCCAAAGCAUACUGCUGCACUCCUUUUCUAUCAGGUCAUACAGAUGUAUAUGGACCAACUUGAGGAGAAGGAUGUGUGUGCAUGAUUGCCUUUGAGUACUAAGACAUAAACACACAUAUAAGCUAAGUAAGGUCUUUGUUUAAUCAAAUUAUAGGAGGAAAGUUGUGGUUUUCAGAAGAGUUUGAAGAUAGAGAAGGGCGUUUUCCUAUUUGAUUCCAUGUUUCCAUGUUUUUCCAUGUACUUUGCUGUCAAAAUAACAUGAUUUCACAGACCAUUAUUAUUUUCUAUAAAGUCCUUUUUAUGCUUUUGAUUAUGUAGAUAACUGUUCACAAAGCUACUUCAGUACUGAGAAAUAAACGUGCAUAUAAACUAAGUUAGGUCUUUGUUUUUAUCAAAUUAUAGGAGGAAAGUUGUGGUUUAGAAGAGAGUUUGAAGAUAGAGAAGGGCGUUUUUCUGUUUGAUUCACUGUUUCCAUGUUUUUCCGUGUACUUUGCUGUCAAAAUCACAUGAUUUCACAGACCAAUAUUAGAUGUUGACGCUGUAGUUAACUGUUCAUAAAGCUACUCAAGUUACCGUUAAUGAGGAUUUCAUUACAGCUGUGUUUUCCACCUGCUUUUGCUCUCCAUACAGUCUGUCCUCCCUGCAAAAAUCAAGACCAACUACUGGGACCACAAACAAAAACUCCUGUGCAAUCUUAUACAGAAUCUUUAUGCAAAUUAGUUAAUCUUUAACUUUGCAUGUUUCCACGCUCUUAAUUUAAUUCAAUGUUUUUUUCAGAAUCAUAUCUAUUUAAGUGUGUGUGAUGAGACAGGAGAGUGUCAGUGUUAAGUAUUCUGUCAUGUUUGAUACACACACGCCCUCCUCCUCCUUUCUAGUGAAUGAAUAAAUCUCUGAGUCAUCCCUCUGCAAUGAAUCAUAACUUUCCCUCUCUCCCCCUCUGUUUCUCUUUCUCCCCGUCCUUUCCCACAAGGCUUUGCAGCACCUGGGUGUGUUCCAGUCCUCGCUGCCCCACCGACCCCUUGGAAGAGCACAGUCCUCGCCUGCAACCUCCGUCAAUCCCAUCAAACACCUUUUCACCACUGGUCAGUGUUUUUUUUCUGCGUGUGUGCAAAUCUGUUUUUAUUCAAUGACAGUUUGACAUCAGCCGUGUCAGACCGCCCACUAUAAGCCACCAUGCUUGUUGCUUAGCAACGUAAGGCUGACUCAGAGCUGUCUGAGGGUUCAGAAAAAAUUAGAUUCUGAAGAGUCAUAAAUUCUCAAGCAGCGUUUUGUCUUUUGUAUCUAAAUUUCUGUUUUUGAAUGAGUUAUUUUUUGUUUUCUUGUCGUUCAAGACAUUUCAGGACUUUGCAUAACAAAACUAGCAGAAAAUUAAGCUGUGUGUUAUAUAUCAGACUCUCCAAGAUUUAUUUUGGUGAAUGUCCUGCACCUCAUGUCCUCACACACAUUACACUCGUAACCACUGACACCUUGUGGUGCAAAAUAAAAACUACAACUUUUACAUUUGAAGCGAUAGACUGGGGCAUUUGCUUUGAGGCUCUCCAUCUGUAUCACUGACGUUUUGCCUUUUUCUUUGAUAUUUCUCUGAUAUUAAACGGGAUUUCUCUCUUUCUCUCCGCAGGGCUUGUGUAUGACAGUCUGAUGUUGAAGCAUCAAUGUAUUUGUGGCAAUGCUCACAUCCACCCAGAGCAUGCAGGAAGGGUGCAAAGCAUCUGGUCCAGACUGCAGGAGACGGGCUUGCUGGGUCGCUGUGAGGUACACACACACACGCACACACACACACACACACACACAGAAUGAUGUAACGUGGCUGCUGUUGUUAAUCUCAAUAUCCUGCUUUAAUACCAAUCCUACCUUUUAACACCACCCGUUCAUCACAGUCAGCAACCUCCCAUAACUUUGAUCCCCCAUCAGACCUUUUCCACAUGUUCCAGUCUUAUCAUUAUUAUUUUGUUAUCAUUAGCUUAUUACUCAGUUUGGUAAAACUGCCAUGGGUCUUUAGAAAGCUGCUCGAUACAUUCAAUUUAUCAUUUUUAUUAUUUUAUAAUAAUGGAUUGUAAAAAUGAGUGAAGUGACAUUUUAAAAAGUGAAAUUUUAAAAAGAACAUCGUGGUUAUCAAGCAGCAAAGAUGUAUAGUUGUAUAUCAUCAGCAUAUUGUGGCAUUUGAAAUUGUAAUGAUUACAAAUAAUAGUAAUUCAAUAAGCAUGUGCACACACUUAGAAGUCCAUGCACUGCAACACUGAGUAUGAUGUUACUCUCAUUCUGCUUUGGACUGUUUCUUUCUCACUUUAAAAUAAUAUCACGCUUGUUUGGCUGUUGUGUUGUUUUUCUGACACUUAAUUGUGGUUUGGCUUAUCAGUGCAGUGGGGGUCACCUGUCACCUUUGGCACCGAUAUUUGGGGGGAGCUGACUGAGAAAUUUGGAAUAUCCUGGUGUAGACUAAUAAUUAAUUUGUCUGUUUACAGCAAUUUUAGCCCCACCUACUUUGCAUUUAGACACCAGGACUUUGUUGCUCCCUCUCAUUAAAAAGCUUUACAACAAUCAGACUGUUAACAGCUACCAAAUGGCAUUUCUGAUGCUGUUUCUUUUCUUAUGUGUGAGUGUAACACUCCUUACUCAGAGUCUCUCUCCAUCUCUGUGUGUGAGCAGAGGAUUCGUGGGCGUAAAGCGUCUUUGGAUGAGAUCCAGUCAGUCCAUUCAGAGUUCCACACUCUGCUGUAUGGAACCAGCCCACUGAAUCGACACAAACUGGACCACAAGAAGCUGCUGGGUAACUAUCUGUGUCUGAGUCUGUGUCUGUCUGUCUGACUCUGAAUGCUGAAAACUGAGCUGAACAUUUUGGGUUUUUUUUUUUUAUUUCUUUGCAGUGACUUUGUCUGGAGAUUUUCUAAUACCAGUUUUUCCUUUUCUGUUUUGCCAGUGGCGACUUUAGUAUGAACCCUAUUACCCCUGCAUGAAUGUGAAAUAAUUACCACCACUGUAGUAUUCCCUCAUUGGCUCAGAGUAUCACAGAGCACUUUCUCUUAUCUGGUGGUGAGGCGUAACGACAUAAAUGGAGCAAAGAAUAAAUAACAAUCCUGAAGAGACAACUCUCUUAUUUGUUGUUUACCAAACAGCAUGAAACACAUGCUUUGUGGUGAGGCUGAAAACGCAGAACUGUUUUCAGUUUGAACAGAAAAUAGGACCUACAAGUACAAAAAAAAGAGAUGAUUCUGUAAUAUCUCUGAUCUGUACACUGUGAGUAAUGUAUGCUCUGCUCUGAUUGGUCGUUUCAGGUCCCAUCAGCCAGAAGAUGUAUGCUGUUCUGCCCUGUGGAGGAAUAGGGGUGAGAUUUCCUCUCUAUCUUCUGUCAUCAUCUUAAUAAAAAUGUUUGAGCCUUGAAUUAACCCUCCACGCUGCCCCCUGCAGGUGGACAGCGACACUGUGUGGAACGAGAUGCACUCGUCUGCCGCUGUCCGCAUGGCCGUUGGCUCCGUCAUCGAGCUGGCUUUCAGAGUCGCUGCAGGAGAGCUUAAAGUAACACAGACUUUAAUUUUUUUCACAAAUUAACUUUUCAGUGCUCCUUUUUAAACAGACUCUCUGACCUGUGGCUCUUUUUUGUGUUCGUGUUUUAGAACGGCUUUGCAGUGGUGCGUCCGCCCGGUCACCAUGCUGAGGAAUCCACAGCCAUGUCAGUACAAACCAAAGAUCAGUGCUAAAUCGUUUUUUACUGCAACACCUUUGACGUUCUGACACUUUUCUGUGUGUGUGUGUGUGUGUGUGUGUGUGUGAACAGGGGGUUUUGUUUCUUCAACUCAGUGGCCAUCACUGCCAAGCUGCUGCAGCAGAAACUUGGAGUGGGCAAGAUCCUCAUAGUAGACUGGGUGGGUAUCAUUGAUAACAUGCAUAAACAAACAAACAAACAACCAAACAACACAAUACCAAAUCAGUCUUUGUGUUGAUGAACUUCCACAUGAAACAUCAGUGAUGGUGUUCAGGUUUUGCUGCUGGUGACUUAAUGUUCACCAAUCACAGCGUCUGAAGCAAACAUCACACUGACCUUCUCUCUCUCUCUCUUUCUAUGAUGCCGCUAUGACCUGUCACUGCAGGACAUUCACCAUGGCAACGGCACCCAGCAGGCCUUCUACAGUGACCCCAACGUCCUCUACAUCUCCCUCCAUCGCUAUGACGAUGGAAACUUCUUCCCUGGAAGCGGAGCUCCAGAGGAGGUGCACAUACACACACACACACACAGAAAUACACCAAUGCUGACUGUGUUUCACACUCUGUGUCUGUUAAAAGCUACUGUGCAUUUGUGUGUUUGCACCACAGACUGUUAAAAGAGAUGGACAACUCCCUAAAAGCCAUUUAAAAAAAAACAAAACUGUUGUGUAACAAAGAAGGAUCGCUCUGAUUGACUUUGAGUUUUAAGUUUUCUCCUCAUUUCUGUUACCCAUGAAUCCCACUACUUUUUUGGAUGGGAGGUGGAAGAUCAGAUGAAAACAUAACAAUAAAUGUUCAUAGACCCUUUGUUGUUCCUUUUUAUUUAUAUAUUUUUGCUAAUUUUAUCAACAAAUAUUGGUGUAUUUUUGUUGCUUGUGUCUUGUUUUACAUUCACAGGAUAAAAUGAACCUUUGCAGACAGAAAUAAUCUGAGAUACUUUAAAAUAACUUUCUGUACUCUGUCCCUCUCUCUGCAGGUUGGAUCAGGUGCAGGUGUUGGCUUUAAUGUAAACAUUGCAUGGACAGGAGGAGUGGAGCCACCUAUGGGUGAUGUGGAGUACCUCACAGCCUUUAGGUAAACAUUGUUAUUCUCGCAACAAAAUGAGCGAUCAAAUUACGGCUGUUCUCUCUCCGCUGAUUGAUUUUGAGAUUCGGCUGUUAACUUAUAAGACUCUUCAUGGAUUGGCUGCGCUUUAUGAAGCAGACCUUCUUAAUGUCAAUACUCCCAUUUAGAGCACUGAGGUCACCCAGUCAGCUGCAGCUGGAUGACAAUCAGGCCUUUGCAGCAGCUGCCCCCUAACCUGUGGAACCAUUUAACACUGAAAAUACAAUCUGCCCCCACUAUUUACUGUUUUAAACCAUCAUUGAAGACCUGUCUGUCUUCUCUGUCCUUCUCCUUCAGAUAAGAUCCAUACAAGUUUUACUGUUCUUAAAGCUCCAAAGAAUUUUUUUUUUACAUUUAUGAAAAAAAGACCAUCGGUGAAAUGAUUGAUGAUUUUUACAAUCAUGAUUUUUUUAAGCCUGUAACCAGUGUGAGAAGGUAGGUGUCAGCCAAGCAGCUGAAGAAACAUUCCUGUUUUUACAAAUUUACAUCAAAUAUUCACAAUAAAUGACAUAUUUAGCCGUCAAAAGUCAGCAGGAUAAGAGUUUUGUCAGAAGACACAGAAUAAGCAUAAUUAGAAAACCAAACAAAAAGUUCCUCACAAGAGCUUUAAGCAAAUAUAACAUGUUGUGUAUUAUUGUAAUUUUUUACUUUGUAAAGCACUUUGGUCAACAAGGGUUUCUUUUAAAUAUGUUAUAUACAGUACAUUAACUUGAGAAUGUUUCCCUCACAUCGACCAUACCUGGGCAGCCCAACCAAGUAUAAAGCAAACCAUGUACACACUUAAAAUGGAUAGCUAGAACAGUGUCGAGACUAGACAGUCUUGACAGAGCUACACAUCUGCAGAGAAACUGCACUUUGAUUAACAUGAUGGAAAUCUUUCUGCAGGGAGAAACUUUCAACCUCUUUAAAAAAAAAACAGAAUCGACUGUCUUACACACCAGUGUGGCCUCUAAUCUGAAUUUUACAGUACUCAUCGUUUUACAGCACACCAACCUGAUUUGCAGACAUACUUGAGAGGCAUGACAUUUUUAAAAAGAGCUUGUUGUACGACUUGAUAUGACUAAAAGUAAAAACUCAAUGUGAAUACAAUAUUUGUAAACAGGUUUCAUUUAAUUGUCUGUUUUGUUUGUGUAGGAGUGUAGUGAUGCCCAUCGCCCAGCAGUUCAGUCCAGAUGUGGUCCUGGUCUCUGCCGGCUUUGAUGCAGUGGAGGGUCAUCAGUCUCCUCUUGGAGGAUACAACGUCUCUGCUAAAUGUUGGUUCAUCUUUUAUUGAUGUUUUCUCCAACAUCAUCUCCAAACCAUUUCAUUUCUGUUCCUUGACUGUGAUUCAUGUGUGUUUGUAGGUUUCGGCCUGUUAACGCAGCUCCUGAUGGGUCUGGCGGGAGGGCGCGUUGUCAUGGCGCUGGAGGGGGGUCAUGACCUAACCGCCAUCUGUGACGCAUCAGAGGCCUGUGUCUCUGCGCUCCUGGGAGACCCGGUGAGAGAGGAAGCCAGGAUGGAUCAGCACUAACACAUGUUUUAAUUUGAACCGAGCUUUAGCCUCUGUGAGCUUUAGAGCAAUCAGUAUGAAGAAUGUGGAAAUAUGAAAAGGUCGGAGAGACAAAAGUGACAGCCAGCAGUCAAAAAUCUGUGCGAAGACAGCAGGUCAUGUUAUUAAUGGACUUUUAUUGUACUAUUAAUAAUGUUUCCUACAUUUCUGUAAGCCUUAUACAGAGUGUUGCACAUGCUCGUGCACAUUUAUUUGGCUCAUAUGGCUGUCCUACCUGUUAUGAUAAUAUUUCUGUGUGUUUGGUUAUAUAAAACACUGCAUGGCUCAUGUCUGGUAUAAGUAUAUACUGAUGAGAUUUACUUGAUUUAAUAAAACAGGUUAGUUUAGACACGGCAGAUCAACCAACCCAACUGACAGAGAGGCUCAAAAAGGAUGUUUUUAUAACCUAAAACCAUGAAGUAACAUGAUUUUAUUUGAUUUAUUGCUUUCUUGUCUUCCUCAGAGUGACUCAGUGGUGCAGUGGCCUAAAGAGAAGCCGUGUCCGAAAGCUUACGCCUCACUGGAGAGAGUGAUAGAGAUCCAGAGUGAGAAACACACACACACACACACACACACACACACACACAUAUACACUGACAUGAUAAACACCACAUUUCACCCCACAUAAAAAAAAAUACUUUGGGGGGGGUCUCAUCCAUGUAUUGGGGCUUUAAUACUUUUAUUUUUAAUUCACCGAGCAUAUUUAAAAACAUGGAAGUAAUAACCCCAAAACCCUAAGAAGUCAGAAAACAAAUCUUUUACAACAACAAAUGACCCUCACAGCUGAAUACCACAAACAAGGGUAAAAAUCCAACCCAGUAAGAACCCAAGCUACGCAAAAAACGAACAGAAUGAACUGAGACCAAAAGGGUGAAAAGAUUUAAGAUGAUCAAGGAACACUUGGAGGUAAAAGAAGAUGAACAAGAUAAAUGCAAAACAUAAAUUUAAAAAUAAAUAAAUAAAUGAAUCCUUGUCACAACAGAUGCUGGUUUGAUAUCCAGCCACAACUACUUUGUAUGUCUUCCCCUAGCUCUUUGCUCCCCACAUUACUAGUCACUCUUCAACUAUCUUAUAUACCACAAGCAAAAAUGUCCAGAAACAUAACUUAAAAAAUAAUUUGGGGGGAGUAAUAUCUUUAAAGCUACUGGGAGGAGUUUUUCAUUGGUUAUGAAACAGAAUGAAAGAAGAAAUGAUGCAUCUGACUGACAAAAGCAAACCAUGUCAUCAGUCAGGUCAUUUCAGCUCAGUCAUUUCUGAGGGUUUAAACCAGUAGGGGGUAGGCUAAUGGCGCCCCAACAAAACAUUGGCUUUUUACAUUUUCUGUGGCAAAGAUUUCAAGUGAGAUUUAUAACAAAUGAGGUCGAGAUUCUGUGUUUAUAUGACUGCUAAGGAGAGUGAGAAGAGGGAGGUACCACUUUUUCCGCAGGGGCACCAAAGUGAACACAGACCAAAACUCUCUUACAGAUGCUUUAAAGGACGGACAGUGGAUUAUAAUGCUUUCAUUUCAUUACAAAAAGUCAGCCUUUCUCAUGAACAUUACACAGGUUGUUGUUUUUUAAGGUGUCAAAGACUUGAGGAUUCUUGUCAAUUUAUAAGCACUUAAUAAGGAUAUGCUAUUGAUUCUGAAAAAUUCUUCGAUAACAUCUGUAACGCUAUGUGCACACAGUGAUUAAAAAGCUACAGUGUGUAAGCUUCAUUUGCUAAUCCAGGCUAAUCUCCUCAUCCCUGUUCCUUCAGGUAAACACUGGCCUUGUCUCCAGAAUCUGUCUCAGACGAGCGGACACUCACUAUUGGAUGACCUCCCUGAGGCUCGCGGCCAAUCAGAGGAUGAGGCCGAAACCGUCAGCGCCAUGGCCUCCCUCAGUGUGGAUGUUGAGCAGCCGAGCUCGGCCGCUGACAACACGGAAACCAGCAGGUCAGCAGAGUGCCAUUUUUAAAAGGCUCAGAGUCAUCACGUCAUCAUUUAAGUGACUAAUGUCAUUGGUCAGCAGAGCGCCUCACCUUGUCUGACCCAGGUUCUUGGUUUACUUUUAAUGUCCUUCUACAUAUUAAGAAUUAAGACAAAAGGACAAAGGACAAAAACUGUUACCCAAGUCCAGCACUGAUAGAUAAAUGAGCAUCAGGUUAAAAUGUAGAGAGUCUUUUUAAUGUUACAUGUGAUUCUUCUCGCCCUCAGGUCAACAGAAGAACCAAUGGAGGAGGAGCCUGUGUUGUAGGCGGAGCCUAAAGAAGAACAGCACAAAAACUCCACAUUCACCUCUUUGUGGCUCCUCCUCUUCCUCUUCCUUUUCCUCUUCCUGCACAAUGUGUGUGGAGGCGCACACACGCAGAUUGUAAUUCUGCUGUCGUGGAAGACUCCGAAUGGCUGAGGAGAGUGGUAUGGAGGCAAGAGAAGGCGGGGCUUGUUGAAAACAUGGACAAAUCUCCUUUCCUAUUGGUUCAUCAGCCCGAGGAGGAGCAGACGACUUGUUGGCACCUCCGGGGAACCAGAGGAGGAGCAGGCAGCGAGGAGACACGCCUUGUGACAUGUAUACUUUCCCACCUGUACACAGCACCACUGACUUCUCCCCUCCCACCCCUCGAUCCGUCGACUUUAUUCCUGAACCUGAUUUUUCUGCAGCAGGAUGGUGACCGUAGAAAUUUGAGUCUGGUUGAAAAAAUCAGACACCAAGCGGACGUCUUGUCUUCUUGGAGUUGGCAAGCAGAGGAAGAUGAACUUGUUUCAAGACAAGCGGAGGAUGCGGAGGAACUAGGUGCCUUUUUUAGAAAACAAACCGUCCGAUCGGGAACCAGAGAACACCACCGCCACAGCACCUCAGCAAACCAACCAGCCAAUCAGGACUGAAACACACUGACGCACACACACGUAACACACAGUCUGUCGGGUCAUUUUUCAGUCUUUGUUUCUUCAUCAGGAUGCCUUAAUUUGUUCUUAUCUCACUUUAGGAACCAGGAGAGAGACGGGAACAUGAGAGCUGGCACAGUUAUAAACUCACAGUUGUAUUCAAACUGCUAUGAAAUGUAUUUAUUCUCAAAUCUUGCAAUAGUCAAAGCAGGUAUUCCUACAAAGUUAAGAAAAACCUCUGAAGCCAUUACUACACUCUGCACAUCAGUACAAAUCUCUGUUGAAUAUUAAUAUUAAGUUAUUAAUAAUAUUCAGUCUGACUUUUAUAGGAUCUGGUGAGUGUCUCAGGACUGGGCAGUGUUGAUUUUUGGAAAUAUGUGCUCAUUUAAACUACAUCACUUUCCACUUCAGACCACCGCCUCUCCCUCUUACUCAUUUUGGUUGAGUCACAUGACCUGAGCCCUGUCCCUUAUUCUCUAAAGGGGAUUGUGAGUAUUUCUUUCUUUUUUUAUUGUACUAAUUCCUGUUUAGUGUAAAUACUGUCUCAUGUCCUGUUGCCCACGGUUACGUCACAGCAGACUCAUUGUGGUCACUUUUCUAUAUCUGUACAUACUUACAUGUAUAAAAUCACAAAAUACUUUCUCUUUUUGUAUAAAAAAAGAAAAAAAUAUUCUAUAUAGUAAAUCUAUAUAUACAUAUGUAAACUGUGUUUUAUCCAAUCAGAUUGGAUUUAUGAAUAUAUUAUAUUUGGAGAUUGGAUGUUUGAAAGGUUUGGCUGUUUGGGCUGAAGAAAGCACACGGUCUGUUUGUUUACAGAUGUUCAGUAUGUCUGGAUGUUGUUGUUGUUGGAGGUGGAGACACAGCUUUAGUUCCUCUGGCAGGACCAGACAGGCUGUAAUGCCCACCACAGGCAAACAACUGCAACUGCAGAAUACAGAAUAUUAAGGUCAAAGGUCAUGUUUUGGUAACAGGGUGGUCCAGUGAUGAUGUUGUGUUGUUCAACAGGGGGUUAGAUGCACAUCCAUGGCUUAUUCUAUUUAUUGUCAGACAGUUUGUCACUGUUUUCAAACACCAGCUGUUACUUCAACAUUUAAAACACAUUUUGCAGAGGCGAAUAUUUCUCUAUAGCAGGAAACUUCAAAGUAAAACUCACACUAUGGCUACUUUUCUCAGCCAUCUCUGAGAAAAUGGAUGUUCAGAAGCAACUUGUCUGAAUUUCUUUGACAUUUGAAUUUAAAUUCUGACCAGCAGACGGGUCUGAAGGUAAUAAAACACUAAGAAAACAGGAUUUGUUUUUUAACAACAUCAAAUUGUUUUGCUGAAUGUGGCUAAUGUUAGCAGAGCUUGCACCACCAGCCUUUUAUCCCCCUUUGUGGGUUAAUGUCCUCAUGUCUGUGCUUGCUAGUUUUUGCUUUAAUCAAACGUUUAUAUGCCAGUUUCACCUGAAAAAGCCUACGUGCAUUUUAUCUCCAUUUUCUGGAUCAAAAUACUGCCAAACUACACUGCGCUACUAGGUGCCGUCUGUCAUCCAUGCUUGUUUACAUCCAGGUCGUAGAGCAUUACAGCAUUUUCAGUAGCCUUUAGCUGGAGCGACAGACCUGGCCAGUGGCAGAUGGCUGCAUUACAGCUAGACACAUCAUGUGACUGGUAUUUCAGGUCUUAAAUAGUACAAUAUUUAUUUGUUUAACUGACAAUUAAUCCUGGUGCUAGCCAAUUAAGUUUAGGCAAUAAAAGUGCAAUCCCUAACUUAACUGGUUGAAACUACAAAGAUGAUUAAAUUUGGGGCCCUAAAUCUUUCUUUGUGGCUUUUAAAAAGGACGCAAAGCAAACUGUGUCAAGCCUCAUGUUUGAGAAAGUAAUGUCUGUUAAGCCUCUGAGCCAAUUUUGUUAUUACUUUAUUUAUUGAAACUUAAAAGCUUGUAAAUGGAGGAAAAGGUCAUUCACAUAAUCUGCUUCACUUUGGCAGCCAUGUUGGUUAGGCUUUAUUUCAAAGCCAGUUUUAUUGCUAAUUUUAAGUGCUUUUGAAGCCACAUCCUACCAAGUACUUCUGUUUUAAAGUUUGACUCUCCGGUGUCAGUAUUUACAUUAGCAGACAGAUGUUAGCUAUUGUUACCUGCUUAUCAAAGGUGCUCAGUAGAAACAAAGCUUCAGAGCUGGACCACUCUGUUGUCCACUUCUAUUUACCGUAUUCACAUAGUGGCCAUUUUCCUGUUAAUGUUGAAUCAAAUGAUGUUACAGGAUUGUACUGCUGUGUGCUAGGUUUGCAAAUUUUGAAAACAGUAAAAUCAUCCUCUUGCCAUCUCUUCAAUGAUCGGAUGAUAGGUAGUGAAGGUUUUAGAGAAAGUAGGCCACAUUUCAAGUUAAAUAAUGUAUCUGGAAACCUGUAAGCCAUCAUAGACAACAGUUUAUGCUACAAUUCCUGUGAACAUUCAUCACCAUAGGUGGUAGAACAUGAUAAGAUGAAGAAAACUAGAGGAUUUUUUUCCAUAUUUCAAUGAAAACUUAUAAUUCACAACCUUGCAACUACUGUAGUCAACAGUCAGUGCUAGCAUUCAACUGCAGCAAAACAGUAUUACAAGUCAGAUAGAUUACACCAAAAUACCUGGCUAACUUAAUGGGUGGCAGUAAGUUUAAGCUUUGCACAAGAUGAAGCUAAAUUUUAGGUAUUGUCUACCCAGUUAGCAGGUAAGCUAACAUCAGUUAAUGUCUGUUACAGAUGGAAGAUCACAUCAUAUCAUGCCGGAGGUUUUUGUUCAAUCAGAAACCUGAGAUGUGGUAUUUUGUGUACACAGAAUGAGCAGAUAAGCAUGCUAAUUCUGCAAACCAGUUAAUAAAAUUAUCAACUCGGCAUUUACAGCUUUACUUUUAUAUCAACUAAUUCUUUUAAAUAUACAUUUUUGAGGUUUUUCCUUUCAUAUAUUUUGAAACCUGCAGCUCAACAGUACAACAAAAUAACAGGUGUUGUGCUCACAACACUGAGCUUAAUUGUAAAGGAAAAUGGCUGCUGUGUGAAUAUUGUGGAUAGAAAUUCAACAAAGAAAAACUUAUGGGUGGCAUCAGUAAGCUAACUCUCUCAGACACAAUCAUACACCUCACUAAAGUUUAUUUCCCAAGACCCGCUGAGGUGAGGAGAGUGUUGUAGCUUGUGUUGCUACCUCUGGGUCUAAUCUGUUAAAAGCAAUAUAGCACUAAAGACAGCAGUUGCAGAAAUAAAGAGAAAGAGAAAUUAAUUUUACAAUUGCAAUGGUAACUCUGCAGACAAAAAAUAGCUUGCAUCAUUUGUAGAGCUCCCUCUAGCUUUGACAUAUGUGGUUGAGUGCUGUUUGUGUGCAUCGUCUGUUAGAUGGAAUGGACACAGUAUUGAUUGAUUGAUUGAUUUAUUGAGCUGUGUUUCCAGGCGGUUCAGUGUCGUCUUUUUGUACUCAUGUUAACACUAAGGCCAUUUUGCCCACUAGCUGUAAUAAAAGCACCUCUUGUUUGGGAGGAAGAGUCGAUAUGAAGAUUCAAACACGGUAGUGUCGGGGGAUUUUGGUGUCUGAGCUCGACUGGAGUUCAUGCAGAAACAAAAAAUCUAAACCAAAAGCUUUCAUAGGAUGAUUGAGCAACAAUGGAGGGACGUGUCAAUUGAUAGGCUUUUUUUGAAUUCCUAAAACAUGCCUUAAUAUUUUCCCAACAUAUUCAAAAUGACCACCGCCAUCUUAAUUUUUCUUUCACCAAAGCUCCAUUUAGUGUCUGUUUGGGAAAAUACCACAGAUAAUACGGUUUUGAACUCUUGGGGUUGAUUCUGUUUGGGCAAAUAACCUGGGCCUUCAUUUUUCUGAGGUUUUGAAUAAAAGUUUUAGAUUCUUAUUAUUCUUAUACAAACACUAUACGUACCAAGUUAAUCUUGGGGAGAAAUCAUAAGGUUUGCUGUCAAAAGAUACACAGUCAUAUACAGUAUAACCUUAACUUAGUGAUGCGUUUAAUAAGUUUUGAAAGACUACAUUUUAAUUGGUUUACUAUCCUUUGGGGGCGAUUUAAAUCCAUGGUCUUAAGUAUUUUUAGUGUCCUUGGUUCAUUUAGUUCAAAACACUUUAAAUUUUCUUUACAACACUUUGAAGCUUUCAGACGAAGUUGACAACUAACCUGUUUCACAUCUUAUAUUUUAGAAUUUGCUUGAUUCGCUCAAGUCAUCCAUUACAGUCAAUGAAUGAUGUGACUUGCAGGGUCAUUGCCAUUAAUCCAAGCCACAGAAAUAAGAAGUACCAAAAACUGUCCAUCUAAAUGUAUGCCUCUUCAAAAGUGCAUACCAGUUUCUGAUGGAGACAGCACUAUUUGUUAUUGUUAAUUUUAGAUUUUUUUUUAGGCAGAUAUUGGCAACUAAAGAUAAACUCUAUAAUGUUUAAAGGCCUGAUUGGGACCAGCCACAGAUGUAAACAAUUUAAGACAAACAAAACAUAUCUUUCCAUUGAAAUAAUUCAAACACAUCUUGUCUCUUUUGCUGUGGCAUUGGUGACAUGUUCAAGACUGCAGUCAUUGUUUUUAUGGGUUUCCCAAUUGUCAAUUGACUGCAAUUGUCACCCAUUAAAUAAUCCUUACAGAAUGAGUUUUGCUGUUUAAUCUCCCUGAAAUUGCUGAUUUCAGAGUUGAACCUUAGGUGUCUGUCAAGGUUUGAACGCUUCCAGUGCUGUAUUAAAACAAACUACCUGCUUGUAGUUUUUCACAUGGAAGUUUUAACGUUUAACACAUAUUUUGACAACAAUCAGUUGCAAAAACAAGAACUUUGUGUCCUUAUGUUGCUUACCUGAAAUUGCCCGAAAGGAUUAUGUUGUUGCUUUUAUAUACAUGUCAACGUUUGAGCCUGUCAGUUACACUUAUGUAAUUGUGAACAAAGAGGGCCCAGGUUAAAAAAACAUAAAAAAAUCGCACACAAUCAGUUCUAAAGUAGUGAUUAGCUAAAACCUGUAUUGAUCUUUCUUUAAAAUUUUCAAGUAAUACAUCCUCUGCCCAAUAAAGGAAUCAGCAUUUAGGAAAAUUGACAUUUAAGAGGUGCCAACUGCACCCUGGACCUUAUUUUUUUAAACAAGAUGAGGCAUUCCUAACACUAUGUUCUUUGAAUUUUUUAUGUUUCAAACUCUAAGAAUACUAAAUGAAGUGGUUUAUGUAAGAUAACAUAAGAAUGUUAUAACCUCAAACAUUGAGAGGCUACACAGCUUCACUGUUGCUACCACCCACUUACACACAACAGCAGAACACACUUUCACUCAAACACUAACACAGUUCCUACAAAAGACUUUGGUCCCCAUCACUUUAAUAUGUUUGGUUAUGCCAACAUAAAAACAACAACCCACUAGCAGCCCACUGAAAAGAGGGUCCCAUUGCAUUAUCAAUUUGAUAAUGGACCCCACCAGGAAUGAAAAACAGACACACACAUGCACGUACACACACACGUGCACAUGCAUGUACACGUAUAGGGGGAAGCCGUGUGAAAAAAUAGGUCCUGAUUGCUUGGAUUCGGUCCCCACCAGAAUAGAAAAACAAACACAGACCUUAUUUGGGUAGGGACGCCAUUAGGAUGGUAAAACUAGCUCAGACGCGCAUCAGGGGACCAAUAAAAAAAUAGUGUCCCUCGUACUUCAAGGAUAAGUUAUGGCUCCCAUCAGAAUACAAAACACACACCAAAAUAACUAGUGGAACCAGUGAACUAACCGGUCCCCAUCAUGUGACUUAUUAAGCUGUGGAUCCCACCAGGAUACCAAGACGAACACUCACACACAUCAGGGGACCUUUGUCAAAAUUGUCCCCAUUCUUUAAGCGAAAAACAAAGAAAGACACACAAACCAGAUAAAAAUAUUGAACUGCUGGUUCUACUGUGUGAAUAAUUUGUUUAUGAGCCCCAUUUGGACAGAAAAAAAAAAAAAUUCAAACAUGCACCUGAGAUAGUGAAGAAAUCAGUCCCCACUAUGUGACUGAUUAGGUAAUGGACCCCAUCAGGCUAGAAAAACAAACAUGCACACACACUAGUUUGCUACAUGAGUUAAUACUGUAUAUUUCUUGCUAUGUUUGAUACUGUGGUGUAAACGUUGUGUCCUGAUGAUGAUGAUGAUGAUGAUGCGGUGUGUGCGUGUGAAGGGGUAUUUUUGGACUUUUUGGUGGGGCGGAGAAGGUUCGGUUUCAGUUGGACUGUCGCCUUCUCUCCCUCUUUUACCUCCUUCUGUUUUUGACGGGACAUGUUUUCUCUGUUACCUUUCUCUCGUCCAGAUUGUGACUGAAAAUUUGGAAAAUCUGUUUUAUUGGAACUAAUCACAAGCACAUUCCUGACUUCUCUCUGUCCGUGCUGUCAUUUUAUCCCGAUUCUUUCCUGUUGCGACAAUACAACAUGUGUCUAGUUCUUGCUGACUCACAUGUAUAUAAAGUGCAUAUAUGUGUACACGUGCAAUACACGCUAUUCGAGCAAUCUAUUACUGUGACUAUUAUUGAUGGUGAUACUCGUCCCUUUUGAAGUUUCAGCCCGUUUUUUUUUUCUUAUUGUCCUAAUUUUUUGUUUAUAAAUUGUGUUGCAGGAGCUUAAAAAGGGAAGGUGACUCUUGUGAUUCUUCAUUUUGUUUAAUUUCAGGGGUUUGUGGACAUUUUAAUGAAGCCCUUUUUUAUUACUCUCACUGUAAUGUUGUGAUGUUGAUCCUGAUUAUCUGUUUCUUUGUUUCGUUUUUUUUUUUAAGUGGGCCUGUUGUUAAACUUGUCUGGAAACUCAAUAAAGCAAUUCACCAACAUCCUUUGGCAUUUUCAAAUACUCAUGUCACCUUUGCAAGCUGAGCUAAUGAUUACUACACAGCCAAUCCAUAAUGCAUUUGAGUAAUGCCAUUUCCCAAAGUAUAGAUCAACUCCUCUGAAUACUAAAGGGAUAUUCCGGUGUAAAAUUAAGUUAGGGUCAAACACACCGUAACACAGAGUUAUACAUUCCAUCGAGAGAUGAAUGUUGCCAACCUCCUGCUUCUCUAAUUAUACCAACUUUAGUAACGACCGCAGGAUAGCAAUACAGAGAGCCACGCGCUCAACUGUACUUCAUCAAAAGUACAUAUAGGGUCCCAGCCACCGAACAUCUUUUUAGCUUUGCUUGAUUUCUUUAGCAAAGAGACUAAACACAACUCACCCACUCUCUUCCAGCAGCUGCUUGUUUGUAUAAAGACCUCAGGGUGAGUCCAUCGACUGCAGCGGGGUGACGCAGCUCAAGGAAGAACAUUUGCUAUGGCUGGGACCCUAUAUGUUCUGUUGAUGAAGUUAGGUGCUGUUCUGAGCAUUAUUUGUGGCUAUAGAGUGGCGUUUUGGUUGAGCGCGUGGCUCUCUGUAUUGCUAUCUGCGGUCAUUACUAAAGUUGGUAUAAUUAGAGAAACAAGCGGUCGGCAACAUUCAUCUCUGGAGGGGGUUUCUAACUUGGUGUUACGGUGUGUUUGACCCUAACUUAAUUUUACGCCAGAUUUUCCCUUUAAGGUCUCAAAGUGCAAUCACUUAGGUUCCUUUUAUGACAGAAGGCGCAAACACGGAACACUCUGCAAUAACAUGCUACAAGCCAGCAAAUACAACUGAGAGACACACAGCCAUGUGGUUUCUCCCACAGUUCAUUCUUUUACGCAUGUGCCACGGUUCUUGUGCAGGUCGACAGUGAAAGUCCUCCUCUG